CAUCAGUCUUUCUUAAGACUUGGAGUCGUGCACUAGUGCUUUUCUUUGAGUUUGCAGGGUUUUUGUGUGGUGGCGCAGAGCAAAACUGGACAGUAAGAGAAAACGGCUACGAAGAAGGCGGAUUCUUGGAUGGUGACCAAUGAGAGAAAGAAAAGAAGUUAGGCAAAAGUUGCAACGAUUUGGCUAAUAUUGGUUUCGUCCAAGGAAAACGAAGUUAUUCGAAUUGGCGGAGCUAAGGUUUCAACUGAUAGGUUUUGUUGAUUAAGCGUGCGAAUAAGUGCGGUAGAAGCUACCAAAACAAAGAUUAGGAAAGUUUAUUUUCAUCGACACAGUGAAGAGUUUAUCAAAAUUAGUGUUUAACAUAAAGGAAGUGCUGAAUUAAUGAUCGAAUAGAAUCAGUUUAGCUGAAUGAAGCAGUGCAAUUGCAAAUUUUGUGUUGUGAAUGAUUCAACGUCAUAGAAGCUGAAUACUACGAAGUGUUUAUCCACAAUUGUGUUAAUCGUCGAAACAGGGUGUGAUUUUUUACUGAUUAUCGACAUUUUGUAUAGUGAACUGGAGCAAUUCAAGCUGUGGGAUUCGUUGAUUAAUCGAAGUUUUGACAACGUUGUCAUUGCUUGAAGGGUUGUGGAGAGCAGCCAUGGUGAUAAAUGAUGCAUACACUUUAUAUCUGUCGUAGGAAAAAUUCAUCAAUAUUGGCAAAAAUGAAAAUAUUUUUGCCACUAGUGGUGUGGAUCGUGUUGCUUUUUCGGACGGCGAGUACACAGUACUCGGCGUCCCGAAAAAACGUAGGCAUCUUCGGACUAAAGCACGAAGUGUUUUUUCUGAACCUCGAGGAUGGCUACUUCGGCUGCCAAGUCAACGAGUCCACAGACUACCUGCAGCUGUACGAGCUAUCCAAACUGUGUGAUGGCACAUCGGAUUGCUAUAUGGGCUCCGAUGAGCUUAGGAAUAAGUUAAAAUGUACAAAUGAUUGUGAUAAAGAAGGCACGGCUUGCUCCAACGGAGCGUGUCUAGAAGGCCAAUGCCAUUGUAAUGAUGGCUUUGGCGGUUGCAAUUGUCAAGUUCCAGACGAAAACGAGUGUAAAUAUCGACCCUGUGACGUUUUCGCGCACUGUACAAAUACUUUAGGUAGCUUUACUUGCACGUGCUUUCCUGGCUAUCGGGGAGAUGGAUUCCAUUGUGAGGAUAUUGACGAAUGUCAAGAUCCUGCGAUUGCCGCCCGAUGCGUUCAAAAUGCAGAAUGUUGCAACUUACCAGCGCAUUUUGUAUGUAAAUGCAAACCAGGAUUCGAUGGGGAUGGAGAGGAACAGUGUACAGACAUCAACGAAUGCCUCGACCCACAGGCGUGCGGAGUGAAUGCUGAGUGUGUAAAUUUCCCCGGAAACUACACGUGUCUGUGUAAGGAUGGCUUUAUCGGCGAUCCUUACAACGGAUGUGGAGAUAUCGAUGAAUGUGCUCAGCCAGGCAUUUGCGGACCCGGUGCCAUAUGUACGAACUUCGAGGGCAGUUUUCGCUGCGAUUGUCCUCAGGGGUUCGAGGGAGACGCACGUUCAGAACAAGGUUGUACGGAUUAUGACGAAUGCACACGCGCGCCUUGCGGAAGAAACGCCUUAUGCCGGAACGACGUUGGAAGUUUUCGUUGCGAGUGUGCUGAUGGUUUUCAUGGUGAUCCAAUGACGGACUGUCAAGAUAUCGAUGAAUGCUCAAAUAAUCCAUGUGCCGAGAGUGCUCGCUGUACCAACACUCCCGGUGGCUUCCGUUGCAGCUGCCCGGCGGGGAUGACUGAGUCGGGUAGCGAGUGCGUUGACAUUAACGAAUGCGCUAGGUCUAACGCUUGCGGAGAGAAUGCCAAGUGCAUUAAUUUUCCCGGCUCGUAUAAAUGCUUAUGCCCGCAGGGAUUCCAAGGACGAGGUGAACUGUUUUGCAAAAAUAUAAACGAAUGCCUAGAUAACCCGUGUGGGGACAAUGCGAUAUGCACGGAUACUGUUGGUAGCUUUGUUUGCUCUUGUAAACCGGAGUACACGGGAGAUCCUUUUCGGGGAUGCGUCGAUAUAAACGAGUGUACAGCAUACGAUAAACCCUGUGGAAAUCAUGCUAUUUGCGAAAAUGCCAACCCUGGCUACAACUGUCUGUGUCCACAGGGAUAUAUUGGAAAACCGGAUGCAAAGAUUGCCUGUGAACAGGCGGACGUUAACAUACUCUGUACCAGUAACUUUGACUGCACAAACAAUGCCGAAUGCAUUGAGGGACAGUGUUUUUGUCAGGACGGAUUUGAACCACAAGGAUCAAAUUGUAUUGACAUUGACGAGUGUCGAAUGAACAGCAAAAUUUGUGGGCCGGCGUCGGUGUGCAUCAAUACACCAGGAUCAUUCAAAUGUCAAUGUGAGGCUGGAUUCAUCGGAACCCCGCCACGAAUUCAAUGUAAGACACCUUGCGCAGAUGUCAAAUGUGGUAAAAAUGCAUACUGCAAAGCUGAAGGACAAGAAGCAUAUUGCAUUUGUGACGAAGGAUGGACGUUCAACCCUGCCGAUAUUUCAGCCGGUUGCGUUGACAUUAACGAGUGUGAUCCAUCUCAAGGGCCCAGCGGACGGUGUGGUGUGAACGCGAUCUGCUCUAACCAACCGGGUAGUUAUUCUUGUCAAUGUCCCUCAGGUUUCACUGGAGAUGCAAAUCGCCAGUGUUAUGACAUAGACGAAUGUUUAAGACCUAACGCGUGCGGAGAAAAUGCUUUAUGUAAGAACACGGAGGGUUCUCACGAAUGCUCUUGUCCAGCAGGCUCUAUUGCUGAUCCUGAUCCUAGCGUAAGAUGUAUAACUAUUGUAACCUGUACCAAAGAUCACAACUGUCCUGGUAACGCUAUAUGUGAUGCCCAAAAACGAUGCCUCUGUCCGGAACCAAAUAUCGGAAAUGACUGUAGACACCCAUGUGAGAAAACUUCUUGCGGACCAAACUCUCAUUGUAUGUUGGUCAACGGAGAAGCACAAUGCUUAUGUAGUGAAGGAUUUACCGGUCAUCCAGGUCAAUGUGUUGAUAUAAAUGAAUGUGCUGGUAAUCCAUGUCCAACAGGUGCAAUCUGUUCGAACCUGCCUGGUGGUUAUACAUGUCAAUGCCCAGGCGGUAGUUCGGGAGAUCCGUACUCCGGGGGUUGUUCUAAAUCCGCUCUGCAUAUUUGCAGUGAUCAAAACCCCUGCCCUGCUGGCGAAAAAUGUAUUCAAGAUGCAUACAGCGGAAGCAGUGUAUGCAUCUGCGGACAAGGUUACAAACGCAACUCGAAAGGGAUUUGCCAAGAUGUCAAUGAAUGCAAAGAUCCUGAGAAAUCAGCAUGUGGUUUCAACGCAAUCUGUAAAAAUCUACCCGGAAGCUAUGAGUGCCAAUGUCCUCCAGGUUUUAACGGGAAUCCAUUUCUCUCUUGCGAAGAAUGUAACAGCUUGGAAUGUAAAUGCCCGGCCCCUUACAAGUUCGUGGAAGGUAACUGUGUUCUGGACAGCUGUUCUCCCAACGGAAAAUGUCCUGGUGGUGCGGAAUGCAUAUCCAUCACGGGAGGAGUAAGUUACUGUGCUUGCCCUAAAGGUUUUCGAACGCAGUCAGAUGGAAAAUGUGAAGACAUUGAUGAAUGUUCCGAUGGUCGACAAAUUUGUGGUUACGAUGCCAUUUGUUUGAACACGAUUGGUGGAUACGAAUGCAAGUGCCCAUUAGGAUACUCCGGUGAUCCGUAUCAUGGUUUGUGUGCACUGGCUCAGAAACGUUGUUCGGCUGAUAGAGAAUGUGGUCCCAAUGAGAAAUGCGUUCAACCAGGAGAAUGCGUAUGUCCUCCACCCUUUUACAUGGAUGCCUACGACGGAAACAAGUGUAAAAGUCCAUGCGAAAGAUUUCCCUGUGGAAUCAAUGCGCGAUGUACACCAACAGAUCCACCGCAGUGCAUGUGCGAGGUCGGUUACAAAGGAGAUCCAUUAACCGGUUGCGUUGACGAAGAUGAAUGUGCGAAUACACCGUGUGCAUAUGGAGCACAGUGUGUAAAUCAGAAAGGUGGCUACAAAUGCGUCUGCCCAAAAGGUAUGGUUGGAGACGCAUAUAAAGGGGGUUGUAUAUUGGAAAAUGGUUCGGUUCGGAGUCAAUGUCGACGCAACGAAGAUUGCGCAGAUACGUUAUCCUGCGAGCGAGGAACAUGUGUUAGCCCAUGUAGUAGUUUACUAUGUGGUUCAAAUGCCUACUGUGAACCGCAAAAACACGCAGCUUGGUGUCGUUGUCGGGUUGGUUUCGUUGAAGGUCCCAACGGAGAAUGUGUGUCCCAAUGUACUGGUUAUAUAUGCGGUCAAGGCGCAAUUUGUAUUGUCACCAACAGUGGUCCGACUUGCAAGUGUCCACCAGGAGAAUUGGGUAAUCCCUUCCCAGGUGGUUCUUGUGUCACUGAUCAAUGUUCUGGAAACCGCCCUUGUAUUGAACCGCAAGUAUGUAUAAAUGGCCGUUGCAAACACAAAUGUGACGGCGUAGUUUGUGGAAUUGGGGCAACUUGUGAUAGUGCCUCCGGAAAAUGCGUGUGUGAACCAUUCUUUGUCGGAAAUCCUGAAAUGCUCUGUAUGCCUCCUAUUACAACACCAGUUUGUGAACCAGAAUGUGGACAAAAUGCACACUGCGAAUACGGUGUCGUGCAAAAUAACUGCCAAUGUAAUCCGGGAACCAGCGGAAAUCCGUAUGGAAUUUGUGGUGUCCAACAAAAAACCAGCUGUAGUCGUACAACGUGCGGUAGAAAUGCUCAGUGUAGCGAAGGGUUAAACUCUGUCGAGUGUUUCUGUCCACAUGGAUUUAUUGGUAAUCCGUAUGUACAAUGCAAGGACAUUGAUGAAUGUUCCACAAAUAACGUUUGCGGAGAAGGCGCCGUUUGUAUUAAUACCGCGGGAAGUUUCGACUGCCGUUGUAAACCCGGCUAUGCAGGAAAUCCGUUUACGAUGUGUUCACCAGUUGAGCCCAGUGUCUGCGAUAAUCCAAGGCGUUGUCAUUGUGGUAAAAAAGUUCAGUGCCCACCGGGCUUCAUAUGCGAUCGAGGACUUUGUAAAGACCAGUGUGCAAAUGUAAAAUGUGGACCAAGAGCGGCUUGUGAUUCUGGAAAGUGCGUUUGUCCGCCUGGAUAUACCGGUAAUCCAAGAGAUAUCCAACAUGGAUGCAUCCAAGAGGGUCAAUGUGACAAUGAUGCAAACUGCAAGGAUAAAGAAAUUUGUUUCCAAUUAGGGAAAACAGUACGAAAGUGUGUUGAUGCUUGCAGUAAGCUUCAAUGUGGCCCAAAUGCUUUAUGCGUGUCGAGUGACCAUCGCUCCACUUGCAUAUGUGCUAACGGAUAUCUCGGUAAUCCCGGCGAUCUAACCCUAGGUUGUCAAAAGGAAGCUAAAAUCAUCCAAGGCUGCACGGACAAUUCGGUUUGUACAGAGAGAAAGGUUUGUGCUCUAACCGAAACAGGACUAAGAUCUUGCAUCAAUCCUUGCAGUAUUGUCGAAUGUGGAAAUAACGAAAUUUGCCAACUCGAUGAGCACAAUAAUCCAGUUUGUCACUGUCAGGAUGGAUUUCUAUGGAAUCCAGCAAUGUCAGUUUGUGAAAAACCUUCGAUUCCAGAUUGUAUCAAAGAUGAAGAGUGUCAUGAAGUGGCCGCCUGUCGUCAGGAUGCGCUAGGAAUUCUCAAAUGUACUCCUGUGUGUGCUGAAUUCACUUGUCCACCGAAUUCUGUUUGUGUUUCUUCAAAUCAUCGCGGAAGCUGCCAGUGUCUUCCGGGUUACACAGGAAAUCCGAACGAUAGAAACGGUUGUCGUCCGGAGAUGCAGGACAAAUGUUUAACGAGUGCAGAGUGUUCGGAGUCGGACACUUGCGUUAACUAUAGAGGCGCGUUGGCAUGCCGACCAGCUUGUGAUGAUAUCCACUGUGGACCACAUGCUAUCUGUAUCACUAAUAACCACAAUGCUCAGUGUCAAUGUCCGCCUGGAUCGUAUGCUGGUGAUCCUUAUGAACUAGUAAAAGGAUGCCAGUCGGUACCCUGUGUUUAUAACAAUGACUGUCCCCCAACCCAAAUGUGUAACCGACAAUCGCACACUUGCUUCGAUAUAUGUAAUGAAGAUACAUGCGGAGAAAAUGCAGUAUGUAUAGCUGAAAACCACCGUUCCAUUUGCCAAUGUCCCCCAGGAUACAAAGCAAAUCCGAUUGCGGAAGUUGAAUGCACUCCACUCAAGUCUUGUGAUCCCAAUCCAUGCCAUUCCUCAGCUCUUUGUGAAGCAAGUCCAGACGGUCACAUUUGUAAGUGUCCACUAGGCCAGGUUGGGGACCCAAUGACGGGCUGCCGCCCUGAAGGUGCCUGCCCAAAUGGAGAUUUACAGUGUCCGGAAAAUGCCGCUUGUGUUAACGGAAAAUGUGUGGACAUAUGUACAAAUGCAUGUGGAAGCAAUACAAAGUGUGUCGUAGUAAAUCGAACCCCUGUGUGCGAAUGUAGAGCUAAAUAUGUUCCAGGGUUGACUGGAUCGGCACGUGAUGGAUGCCUGCGAUUGGUUAGUGGAUGUCUGAGUGAUUUAGACUGUGGAGGCGAUGUCUGUCAACAUGGACAGUGUAUGGUGGCGUGUAGACACUCGAAGGACUGCUCCGAAGGAGAACGUUGCGUCAACAGUAUUUGCAUUCAACCUUGCUCUAGUCACAGCCAAUGUGGCGAAGGACAGGCUUGUAUUACUGGUAGUUGCUUGCUCGGAUGUCGAAGCAACAAGGAUUGUGACAGUUCCAAAGCUUGUAUUAACAAUAAAUGUCGAGAUCCCUGCGACGAUCAAGGAACUUGUGGACCAAACUCUAUUUGUAGUUGCCUAAACCAUAUACCAAGCUGCAAAUGUCCAUUGGGUUUUGAAGGUAAUCCUAAUCCAGAGCAGGGUUGUGUAAGAAUGCCAUCGUCUUGUACGAGCUCGACAGAAUGCGCGCCAGGUCAUAUGUGCAUUGCACAUCAAUGCAGCCUUCCUUGUUCGGAAACCACAGCUUGCGCAGUUGGAGAGAGAUGUUACAAUCAUAUUUGUUCAAAAGUUUGCUAUACCAACAACAACUGUUUACCAGGAGAAGUAUGCAACGAGGCUGGAACUUGUCAGCCAGGCUGUAGCACAGAUGCCGACUGCCCAUCUCAAAAGAUCUGUAUGGCCAGUAAAUGUAAAUGCAUGAAAGGCUACAUUGGUACACCGUUUGGAUGUGCAGAUAUCGACGAAUGCACAGAAAACCCUUGCCAUCAAUCGGCAUCAUGUGAAAAUAUUCCAGGUUCUUAUCGAUGUUCUUGUCCAACGGGGACUGUUGGAGAUGCAUAUUCUAAUCCAGGCUGCCGUAUGCCAAAUCAGUGUUACAAAAACAAUGAUUGUGUAGGAAACUUGGCUUGUAUUGAUGGAAAAUGCAAAGACCCUUGUCAGUUGACAAAAUGUGGACCAAAUGCUGAAUGUCAUACUCUUGAUCACAUAGCUGAGUGCCAGUGUCCUGCAGGUCAUCUAGGCGAUGCACGUGAUGACAAAGUCGGAUGUUUCCGAGUCGAGUGUUUAGUAAACGAUGAUUGCUCGCAAGACAGGCACUGUCAAAAAGAAACUAACAGAUGCAUCAAUCCAUGUGAUAAGGUGGACUGCGGAAAGGGAACAUGCCAAAUAAUUAAUCAUGAAGCCAUUUGCACGUGUUUCCAGGGUUACAACGCGGUUGGCGGACGAUGCCAGGAUAUCGAUGAGUGCCAAGCCAAUCCUUGCCAUGCUUCCGCUCGGUGCCAAAACUCACCGGGAACCUAUACCUGCAUUUGCCCGGAUGGCCUAGUCGGAGACCCCAUUAACAGUGGUUGCAGAUCACCAGAUGAAUGUAUUACGAAUUCUGACUGUCCGACAACAGCGGUUUGCGAGAAUUCACGUUGUAAGAAUCCGUGUAGCAUUGAAGGUGUUUGUGGUAAAAACUCAUUCUGUUCGGCAGUUGGACAUACAGCGGUAUGUGAAUGUCCUGUAAAUACUCGGGGAGAUCCCAAAGUGAACUGCCAGAAAGUGGAGUGUUCAGAAAGUAACGACUGCUCCAUUGAUGAAACUUGUAUUAAUUUCAAAUGUGUAAAUCCCUGUUCAUUAACAAAUGCCUGCGGUCAAAAUUCGAAUUGUUUGUCGGAGAAUCAUCUAGCAGUUUGUUCGUGUCAACCGGGAACAACAGGAAAUCCACUCUUUGGUUGUGUGGCGUUACAAUACUGCAACAGCGAUCUGCAAUGCCCCGCAGGGACAAAGUGCAAUGCAGGAGUUUGUUGUACCCUUUGCUCUAGCAGCAGGGACUGCAUCAGCGAUCAGCUGUGUAUUCAAGGAAUAUGCCAACCGACAUGUCAAUCAAACUCGAGCUGUCCUGAUUUCCAGUUUUGUCAGAAUAACAUUUGUACUCAAGAAUUUAAAUGUCGCUCCAAUGAAGACUGUGAUCCCGAUGAAUCUUGCAUUGUUGAUUCCACUGGACGAUCGGAAUGUAUCAAUGCUUGCUCCGGACGUGUUCUCUGCGGAAGGAAUGCGGAAUGCUCUGCGAGAGAUCAUACGGCUGUUUGUGACUGUAAACCUGGUUUUUAUCAAGAUAAUGGUGGAGUAUGCAGAAAAAUUGAAUGUAAUAGUGAUGGGGACUGUUCCAGUGACAAGACAUGUGAAAACCAUAUGUGUAAAAUUGUUUGUCUGAUUGGUCAACCAUGUGGAGCCAACGCCUUGUGCUCGGCAGAAAACCAUCGACAAGUUUGCUAUUGUCAGCCAGGAUUCACCGGUGAUCCGAAAACAGGAUGUAGUUUGAUAGAUUAUUGUAAGGAAUCUCCUUGUGGACCAAACGCGAGAUGUAGAAAUAGCCGCGGAUCUUUUCGAUGUUCAUGCCCUGCUGGAUUGGUUGGUGAUCCGUACGGAAACGGAUGUAAGAAAGCAGCUGAAUGUGAAUCGAAUGCUGACUGUCCAGUAGCCGCUGUUUGUGAUAAAUCUAAUGUGGAUCCGAAAUGUCGAGAUGCUUGCGAGUCAAUGAAGUGUGGCCCGAAUGCGGAAUGUCAGUCUAGAAAGCAUAACGCUAUGUGUGUUUGUCGAAAUGGUUAUGAGGGUGACUCAACCGAUCUAUUCAGCGGAUGCAGACCAAUACCUGUACCGUGCAAGUUGAACAUCGAUUGUCCAGAAAAUUCUUACUGCUCUGAAAAAGUUUGUAAACCGGCUUGUGCAUUAACCGAAGAGUGCAACAAGGAUGAAAUUUGCAGCAACGGACAAUGCAUCAAUCCAUGCCACGGACAAAAUUCUUGUGGAAUGAAUGCAGAAUGUGUAAUGGUAGACCACUUUAAACAGUGCUCUUGUCCCCCUGGAUUUACUGGAGAUUCAGCACUGGAGUGUGUGAGAAUACCAACCUUAUGCACUUCCAAUGCGGAUUGUGGUGAAGGAACAGCAUGCCAUAAUUCAAUGUGUUUGCCACGCUGUGGAACUGAUCAAGACUGCGCUCUGAAUGAGAAGUGUGUUGGGAACAAAUGCAUGCUAACCUGCCGUCUAGACAACGACUGCUUCCUUGGCCAUAUUUGUCUCAACGGGCGUUGCGUUUACGGAUGUCAUUCUGAUGAUGACUGCAGUGCUAGUGAAACAUGCCGAGCCAACCACUGUACGGAUCCUUGUCGGGAUAAUCCGUGUGGACCAAACGCAGCUUGCACGGUAGUUAAUCAUCGAGCAAGUUGUUCUUGUAUUAAUGGAAUGGUACCAAGUCCGACAGCAAAGAUCGGUUGUAUUCGAGCACCUGCUCUACAAUGUACAAUUAACAGAGACUGCCCUGAUGAAACGCAGUGUAUCGAUAAUCUUUGCCGAUCUAUCUGCGCCAGUGAUCAAGGAUGUUUGACUAACGAACGGUGCGAUCGUGGCACUUGCAAACCAAUUUGUAGACGGGAUGACGAUUGCCGUACAGGAGAACUGUGCCAGAGCCAAACAUGCAUAGUCGGAUGUAGGUCAGAUGCAGGUUGCUCCGCUCUGUUAGCAUGUGUUGGUCAACAGUGUGUCGAUCCGUGUCUUGAACCCACGGCUUGUGGAACGAACGCUCGCUGCACAGUGGUGAAUCAUCAUAAGCAAUGUACUUGCCCUCCACCACUCAACGGAGAUCCUCUCACUGGAUGUCGAGCAGAACAACGAUCCUGUCAAGCAAGAUCCGAUUGCCCGAAAGGUCAAGCGUGUUAUGGAAAAACUUGUAUGUCAACUUGUCGAAAUGACCAGAAUUGCUUAACCGACGAACGAUGUAUUCGUGGAACUUGUCGGACGGUGUGUAAUAGCGACGCUUCCUGUGGCGAUGGGUUGAUUUGUGAGAACCGAGUUUGUCAAGCAGGCUGCAGAACCGAUACCAACUGCUUAAGCAACCAAGCGUGUAUCAAUAAACAAUGUACGGAUCCCUGCAUAGUUCUCGGCCAAUGUGGCACAUGUUCUGAAUGUACUGUUAUUAACCACGGAGUGCAGUGCAGUUGUCCGAAUGGGUAUCUGGGAAAUCCACUGGUUUCCUGCACACUGCCACCUCAAAAAUGUAACUCUUAUUGUUAUUGUGAUGAAGAAGGUGUUUUCUGUGCGGACAAAUGCAGUCAGAUGAAAGAUUGUUCUUGUGGACAAACAUGUUACCAAGGCCGAUGUCGCAACAAAUGUAACUCUGGUACUUGUCCACCAGGUCAACUGUGUCAAAAUGGAGCAUGUGUAGCAGGCUGCCGAUCAAACACUGAUUGUGCUGGCGAACGAUCGUGCGUCAAUAAAAAAUGUAUUGAUCCUUGCGCGUUAGAGAAAGCAUGCGGAAAGAAUGCAAUGUGUCAAGCGGCCGACCAUCAAGCCUUUUGUUUGUGUCCUGAUGGAUUCCAAGGUGAUCCACGUGAACGAUGUGUUCAAUAUGAAUGCCAAACUAACGACGACUGUGAACUGGACAAAAGGUGCACUGAUGGAAAAUGUAUCAACCCUUGCUUAGAGCCAAAUGCUUGUGGCUUAAACGCUCAAUGUCGCGUUGUGAAUCGACAGGCACAAUGUUCAUGCACUCCUGGAUUUUUCGGUAACGCACGUCAAGAAUGUCAACCACUGGAGAAGCACAGAUGUUCACAAAAUCCUUGCGGAGAAAACACCAUAUGUCGUGAAAACAACAACGGAUACGAAUGUACUUGCCAACCUGGUUGCAUGGGAGAUCCACAAAAAGGAUGCUUAUGUCAAGCAAAACUAACGAAUAAAUGCCAUCAGUUCCCCUGUGGGAAGAACGCAGUUUGUCGAGUUACCUCCAACGAGCAACCGGAAUGUUAUUGCCCACCGCUCUACCCAGGCGGAGAUCCGUAUACAGAAUGUACGAACGAAAAAACAGUUUCCGAUUGUCGAACGACCGGGUGCACUGAGGGUGAAUGUGUGCGUGUUGGCACACAAUUUAUCUGUCGCAACGACGAAUCCUGCGCGAACGAUAUGCAAUGUCCGAAUGAAAAGGCAUGUAUUGGAGGAAAAUGUUCUGACCCCUGUUCGCUACGGGGAGCUUGCGGAGAUAAUGCCCUGUGUCAAACGGUUCUCCAUCGGCCACGAUGUGCCUGUCCAAGUUGCUACAUAGGCAGUCCGAAUGUGGAAUGUAAACAAGAUCCAAAGUGCCAAGAAGUGAGUACACAAAAACCAAGCGAUCCAAAGAUCGUAUCGAUAGCAUGCGAAAAAGAUGGCGACUGUGAUGAAUCGUUAAGAUGCGAUGCAGGAGGCCAAUGUAGUGAUCCUUGCACAAUCCCAACCGUAUUUAUAUGCGACUCAAAUAAGAAAUGUAUUUCUCGAAAGCAUCGUCCCGUUUGUGUAUGCAAGCAUGGGUUCAUCGUGAACGACUACGGAGAACUGGUUUGUGCUUCCGAGAAACGCGAAUGCCAUGGCGAUGAUGGUUGUGCCUCAAAUAUGGCCUGUAUUGAUGGUAAAUGUUUAAACCCCUGUAUGCCCACGGCCACUAGAGGUCCUGCAUGCUCGGACGACAAAGCAUGCCUUGUUCUAGACCACAAACCAUCCUGUAUCUGUAUGAAGGACUGCAGUCCUUCACUCUCCAUUUGCCUCCGGGAUAGCGGUUGCCCGGCAGAUUUGGCCUGUCGUAAUUAUCAGUGUGUAAAUCCUUGUGAAACCACUCAAUGUGCUGAUGAUACACCAUGCUUUGUCGAAGACCAUAAACCGAUAUGCAAAUUCUGCCCACCCGGAUUCGUGAAAGAUGCUCAUCAAGGAUGCUUGAAAGCUGCGGAAGUAAAAGAUCGUGAACAAGAGCAAUUUCAUAGGGAUCCGCAACCUAAGACGCCACCCGUUCCAAGCAACUGUUCUAAACACUCCGAUUGCGGUGAACAGCUUCAAUGUCUAGCGAAUCAGUGUCUUGAUCCAUGUAAAUCUGCUUGUGGUCCAUCGGCAAUCUGUACCGUUAAGGCAAACAUUCCUAUUUGCACCUGUCCUCCUGGGUUUUAUGGUGAUCCAAAGCUGAAUUGUAUCUCACAAAUUACUGUCGACAGUAUGGAAUACAACACAGAUAAAACAACCACACAAGAAAUCUACUCAAUUAUUACCACAGAUGGGAAGGCAUUAUACGAUGGUAAAAAUAUCGAUCGCUCCGAUGUUUUUAGUACUUUCGAGUCGGAAACAGAUUCCUCUCAUGAUUAUUUAUCAACUAGCACAGUAUCUACUGACGUAAUUGAACAUGAAACGGAAGGAACUACCAAGAGGCUAACAGAUAGACCAACAGAAAAUGUAACCAUUUCGCCUGAUGAUUCAACGGUUGAGCCAGCAGCCUCUCUGCCGCCAGAUGGAAAUUUACUGAUACCCACUACGACAGAAAUACCAGAAAGUAUGGACUCUAGUUCAAGAGAGUUUACAACUUACUAUGGCUAUACGAAGGAGUCUGAUAGUGAAGACAACCGCAUCAGUACAAUUCGUUCAGAGAGUGUAUCUGAACCUAUUUCAUCAACAGAAACUAGUGAGUACAGAACUCAUAGUAAUCCUCCGGGUAUUGACUUAUUUGAAACAGAUGUAUCCCAGAGCAUUUCAACCACAGAUAUUUUUACUGUGGAAGUUACUGAAAAUAUAUCUACUUUUCAACAAAACUCAACGGUAACAGCUGAGAGCACAACUCCAGUACACUUACAACUUACCACACCAAAAGAAAAACAAUUUGCAUUUACCACUCCAUACGAAUCCACCACUGGACUGCUGUUUUCCGACUUUUCCACAAAGACAAUGUCUGAUGAGUCAGUUACUACAGUGCCAACAACCGUAUCAGUCGAUUUCGAUAAAACUAAUAGCUGGAACAAUCCAAAUUCUCCUUCCACCAUCGCGUCAGGUGAUACCACUUUUCAAACCACUACAAUCAACGGAGAUGAGAGCAAUAAUUCUUGUUCGACAACGAAAAUCAGUACUACAACCAAACAACAUUUAGAGGUUCAUUAUAAGCAAGAUCGCAAAACAACGGAGCUCGAAACCGAAGUUCCUCAUAUUUUGCAAACCGGACCAACCACCCUAUCUGAUGUACUAAUGAAGCGGUUUACUACUGAACGCUACGAUGAAUUUAUUCAUGACCAUGAAGCAACUGUGAAACCGAUUCAAAUUCACAACGAAAAUAUAACAUCCAAACCGGUCGAAGAACGUAAAGAAACCGAAACUAUGCCGAACGAAAUAUACAGAACAACAACUUCAACCGAUUUGACCGAUGAAAACGAAAUUGGACAAGAUCGUAGCAUUCCUUUGUCAACUAGUGCAGGCGAUGAAAAUAUCACCGAUGAAUACUAUGAAGAUAGUACGGAGCCUGCCGACAGCGACGAGGGUGUCAUAAGUCAAGUUACAACCACAGCAGUCCACAUGGAAAUCGACGAUUACAAAAAUGGCCGAACAACAAAGGUAAAUGAUGAAAUAUCGACAUCUUCGGCAGUCAAUCGAACAAAAGUACAAACCGAACCAACUGAGAGCAGUUUAGAAAAUGACAUUGAAACAACCACCGUUGUCAGUCGAAGUACACUUGAAUUUACAACAGCUAGCUUUGAAGUGAAUGUUACCCUUAACGAUGCAUUGGUCGAGGUGCCUCUUGUUUCAGCUGAAAAAUGUCUAACAGAGAAUGAUUGCCAACUUGACAAAGCUUGCGUCGAAAACGUUUGUGUCGAUCCGUGCCAGCUGAAUAACAAUUUCUGCCCUGAUCACUUAUCAUGCCUUACCGUGAACCACAAAUCCAAGUGCCUUUGCAAUAAAGCUGAUCCGGUCAAUUCAGCAAAUUGUCUAGAAGAAUCAGAAAUCGGAUGUAGGCAUCACGAAGAAUGUCCUGCGGAGCGCUCGUGCGUCAACGGUGUGUGCAUCGAUCCAUGCCACGCUGCUAGUAUAUGUGAUAUAGGACAGGAGUGCGAGGUGCAAAACCAUGAGCCCGUUUGUAUCAAACUCUGUCAGUGUCAAAAAACAAGCGACUGCCAAUCAGGACUGCAUUGUGAUGGCUGCAACUGCAUUCAAGAAGACAUCGAAGAUCGCGGUCCAAUGUGUAGGCAUUGUCCACCGGGCAUUCCUUGUAAUCCUAUUACAGGUGCCUGUGUAAAAGUCUUAGAUUAUACUACCACGUCAACGGUAUCUGAUGUAAAUAGCACACACACGACAGAUUAUAUACCGCACACAAGCGAGCAAAUAACAACUAACUCUGUAACCAAGCAGCCAUACACAACAACUGAGCAGUACGAAAUGUAUCCCGUUCCGAGCACAGUUGUUAGGGAAUUCUCUCAAAAACCAUCGUAUUCCCCUGUAGAUAUAGGCACCGAUUCUUCGACAGCUGCAACACCGAAGGAAACUACUAACCCAAUGGAAACAUCAGUGCCUGUUAUUUCCACUACGUUUGAAUCUGACACGCAAACUGACGUUAAUGAACUAUGGACGACUUCUACAACCUCUCAGACUGACCCAGACGAAAAACAGCAAACAACUAACCGACUAACCAUUUCUGAACAAACCGAUAGUUUCGAACAUAGCACGCGACUACCGCCAUCAAAAAAAAUCACUACUCAAAUUAAUAUUGAACAGCUGAUAACUUUGGUUCCUAAUACUGAUAAUUAUGAUCUUGAAAGUACAACUGAUGGAACAACACAAUUGUAUAAGGAAACGGAUGACUUAUUUGUCUUAAAUAAAACGUCUGCUGAUAAACAAAGCACUGAAACUACAAACAUUAUGCGCAGUACAGCCGAUGCAGAUACAACAACAGAAUAUCCCAAAAGUAUCAAAAUCGCUACAAGCUCAACUGACGACACAAUACAAGAUGCUACUAUUGAAACCGAAAUCGAUCUCUCUACUGCUAUUGAGUCAAGUUACAUUUCACACAAAACAAGUGCUGAAAUCAGCACAAUGCGUUCACACACAGUGCAAGUAACAGAUAAUAAGGAAUCUACAAAUGUCCCAAUUCCAAUUGAAUCGAAGUCGCCGAAAACAGUUCAUAUGGAGUUCACCACGGCAGGAUCAGUACGCAAAGAAACUUUUUUCGGAAGCACAACCCAGAUGCAGGAUACCACAGCGUCACCGACUACCGGCCGUACUGAAAGUGACUUUUCAUCUACACCGACAAUGAGUUAUUCUGUUUACGACGGAACUACUGAAGACAUUCUCGCUAACUAUGAGGAGAGAGAUAGGAAUACCACAAAAAACACAACCCAGCAACCAGGCGUAACUACUAUUAGUCAAAUUAUCUCUUUUGACACAACCACAACUGAGACAAUGAAUGAUACAAUGCAAACAACAUCUACUCAAACUCAAACAAACGGUACAAGCAUAGUUGAUGUUUUGGAAAUCUUGACAACACAAGGAACCUUUGAUGAAGACUCGUCACAAACACUUUCAACGUCCAGUGAAUACAGCAUUGGUUUUGAAAAAACAAGCACAUUGUCUGAUAUAACUACAACGGAAGUACCAAGAACGACAUUCAUCGAACAUUCAAAAGAUGAAAAGGCAAUACUAGAACAUUCAACAAUUGCUAUACCAACUGUUGGAACAGACAAACACCUUGACGUGCAAAUAGUUACUUCAACUUCUGUCUACGACACAACUUCAGGAAAAAUAACCAGUUCACAAGGAGAGAACAAAAUGGACGAAACCACCCCACAUUACACUAAAUAUUUUACUUCCGAGGAAAUUAGCACGGAUAUAACUAUAACACAGUCACCAGAUGAGCAAUCCAGUCCUGCUACGUCCUCAAAUUUGCAAACUGAAUCAUUUUCAACAACAGCUCAUGAUCAUAUACGGAAGCAAGACAUUUCAACAGUCAGUGAGCUACAAGCUGAUAGCACGCACACAACACAAAGGGAAUUUGGAGAAACCACUUUAACAGCCAGAACUCAAGCAAACGGUACAAGUCUAGUCGAUGUUUUGGAUACCUUGACAACAGAAGAAACCUUUGAUAAAGACUCGUCACAAACACUUACAACGUCCAACAUUGCUUUUGAAAAAACAAGCACUCUGUCGGAUAUUAUUACAACAGAGGUACCCAGAACAACUUUCAUCGAACAUUCAAGUGACGAAGAAGCAGUACUAAAAGAUUCAACAAUGACUAUACCGACUGUUGUAACUGACAAACACCUUGACAUGCAAAUAACUACUUCAGCCUCUGUUUACGAUGCAACUUCUGGGAAACCAACCACCUCACAAAGCAAGAACGAAAUGGACGAUACCACCCCACAUUACACUAAAUAUUCUACGUCCAAGAAAACUACUAUAGAUGCAACUAUAACACAGUCAACUUAUCAGCAGUCAAGUCCUGCUACACCCUCAAUUUUGCAUACCGAAUCAUUUUCAACAAUAACUCAUGAUCAUAUAGGGAAGCAAGAUAUUUCAACAGUCAGUGAGCUACUAGUUGAGAACACGCACACCACACAAAGAGGAUUUGGAGAAAACACUUACACAGCUGUAACUCAAACAAACGAUACAAGUCUAGUCGAUGUUUUGGAAACCUUGACAACACAAGAAACAUUUGAUGAAGACUCGUCACAAACACUUACAACGUCCAGUGAAUACAGCAUUGCUUUUGAAAAAACAAGCACUUUGUCUGAUAUAACUACAACGUAUGUACCCACUGCGACUUUCAUGGAACAAUCAAGUGACGAAAAAGCAAUAAUAAAAGAUUCAACAAUUACUAUACCAACUUUUGGAACUUCAACAUCUGUCUCCGAUACAACAUUAGGAAAAAUAACCACAUCACAAAGGAAGAACGAAAUGGACAAAACCACCCCACAUUACACUAAAUAUUUUACGUCCGAGGAAACUACUAUAGAUGCAACUGUAACACAGUCGUCUGAUCAGCAGUCAAGUCCUGCAACGCCCUCAAAUUUGCAAACCGAAUUAUUUUCAACAACAACUCAUGACCAUAUAGGGAAGCAAGAUAUUUCAACAGUCAGUGAGCUACAAGCUGAGAACACGUACACAACACAAAGGGAAUUCGGAGAAACCAUUGCAACAGCCAGAACUCAAACAAACGGUACAAGUCUAGCCGAUGUUUUGGAAACCUUGACAACACAAAAAACAUUUGAUGAAGACUCGUCACAAAGACUCACAACAUCCAGUGAAUACAACAUCGCUUUUGAAAAAACAAGCACUUUGUCUGAUAUAACUACAACGUAUGUACCCACUGCGACUUUCAUGGAACAAUCAAGUGACGAAAAAGCAAUAAUAAAAGAUUCAACAAUUACUAUACCAACUUUUGGAACUUCAACAUCUGUCUCCGAUACAACAUUAGGAAAAAUAACCACAUCACAAAGCAAGAACGAAAUGGACGAUACCAUCCCACAUUACACUAAAUAUUUUACGUCCGAGGAAACUACUAUAGAUGCAACUGUAACACAGUCGUCUGAUCAGCAGUCAAGUCCUGCUACGCCCUUAAAUUUGCAAACCGAAUCAUUUUCAACAACAACUCAUGAUCAUAUAGGGAAGCAAGACAUUUCAACAGUCAGUGAGGUACCAGCUGAGAACACGCACACAACACAAAGAGGAUUUGGAGAAACCACUUCAACAGCUGUAACUCAAACAAACGGCACAAGUCUAGUCGAUACUUUGGAAACCUUGACAACACAAGAAACAUUUUAUGAAGACUCGUCACAAACACUUACAACGUCCAGUGAAUACAGCAUUGCUUUUGAAAAAACAAGCACUUUGUCUGAUAUAACUACAACGGAUCUACCCACUGCGACUUUCAUGGAACAUUCAAAUGACGAAAAAGCAAUAAUAAAAGAUUCAACAAUUACUAUACCAACUGUUGGAACUUCAACAUCUGUCAACGAUACAACAUUAGGAAAAAUAACCACAUCACAAAGCAAGAACGAAAUGAACGAAAACACCCAACAUUACACUAAAUAUGUUACGUUCGAGACAACUAGCACGGAUGUAACUAUAACACAGUCACCAGAUGAGCAGUCAAGUACUGCUCCGUCCUCAAAUUUGCGAACCGAGUCAUUUGCAACAAUAACUCAUGAUCAUACAGGGAAGCAAGAUAUUUCAACAGUAAGUGAGCUACAAGCUGAGAAUACGCACACAACACAAAGGGAACUUGGAGACACCACUUCAACAGCCAGAACUGAAACAAACGGUACAAGUAUAGUCGAUGUUUUGGAAACCUUGACAACCCAAGAAACAUUUGAUGAAGACUCGUCACAAAGACUCACAACAUCUAGUGAACACAACAUUGCUUCAGAAAGAACAAGCACAUUGUCUGAUAUAACCACGACGGAAGUAUCCAAAACAACUUCCAUCGAAUAUUUAAGUGACGAAACCGCAAUAAUAAAAGAUUCAACUAUUACUAUACCAACUGUUGGAAAUGACAAGCACCUUGACGUGCAAAUAAUAACUUCAACCUCUGUCUACGAUACAACUUCAGGAAUGAUAGCGACUUUACAAAGCAAGAACGAAAUGGACGAUACCACCCCAUAUUACACUAAAUAUUCUACGUCUGAGGAAACUACUUUGGAUGCAACUGUAACACCGUCAUCUGAAGAGCAGUCAAGUCUAGCUACGUCCUCAAAUUUGCAUACCGAAUCAUUUUUAACAACAAUUCAUGAACAUAUAGGAAAACAAGACAUUUCCACAGUCAGUGAACUACAUGCUGAGAACACGCGCACAACACAAAGGGGAUUUGGAGAAACCAUUUACACAUCCAGAACUGAAACAAACGGUACAAGUGUAGCAGAUGUUUUGGAAACCUUGACAACACAAGGAAUCUAUGAUAAAGACUCUUUACAAGCACUUACAACGUCCAGUGAAUACAACAUUGCUUUUGAAAAAACAAGUACUCUGUCGGAUAUAACUACAACGGAAGUUCCCAGUGCGACUUUCAUGGAUCAUUCAAGUGACGAAAAAGCAAUAAUAAAAGAUACAACAAUUACUGUACCAACUGUUGGAACUUCAACAUCUGUCUACGAUACAUCAUCAGGAAAAAUAACCACAUCACAAAGCAAGAACGAAAUGAACGAAACCACCCCACAUUACACUAAAUAUGUUACGUUCGAGGCAACUAGCACGGAUGUAAUUAUAACACAGUCACCAGAUGAGCAGUCAAGUACUGCUACGUCCUCAAGUUUGCAAACUGAAUCAUUUGCAACAACAACUCAUGAUCAUACAGGGAAGCAAGAUAUUUCAACAUUAAGUGAGUUACAAACUGAAAAUACGCAUACAACACAAAGGGAAUUUGAAGAAACCACUUACACAGCCACAACUCAAACAAACGGUACAAGUCUAGUCGAUGCUUUGGAAACCUUGACCACACAAGGAACCUUUGAUGAAGACUCGUCACAAAGACUCACAACAUCUAGUGAAUACAGCAUUGCUUUUGAGAAAACAAGCACUUUGUCUGAUAUAACUACAACGGAAGUACCCAGAACGACUUACAUCGAACAUUCAAGUUACGAAAAAGCAAUACUAGAACAUUCAACAAUUGCUAUACAAACUGAUGGAACUGACAAACACCUUGACGUGCAAAUAAUUACUUCAACCUCUGUCUACGAUACAACUUCAGGGAAAAUAACGACUUCACAAAGCAAGAACGAAAUGGACGAAACCACCCCAUAUUACACUAAAUAUUUUACGCCCGAGGCAACUAGCACGGAUGUAAUUAUAACACAGUCACCAGAUGAGCAAUCAAGUCCUGCUACACCCUCAGAUUUGCAUACCGAAUCAUUUUCAACAAAAACUCAUGAUCAUACAGGGAAGCAAGAUAUUUCAACAAUCAGUGAGCUACAAGCUGAGAACACGCGCACAACACAAAGGGAACUUGGAGAAACCACUUACACAUCCAGAAAUCAAACAAACGGUACAAGUGUAGCAGAUGUUUUGGAAACCAUGACAACACAAGGAAUCUAUGAUGAAGACUCUUCACAAGCACUUACAACGUCCAGUGAAUACAACAUUGCUUUUGAAAAAACAAGUACUCUGUCGGAUAUAACUACAACGGAAGUUCCCAGUGCGACUUUCAUGGAUCAUUCAAGUGACGAAAAAGCAAUAAUAAAAGAUACAACAAUUACUAUACCAACUGUUGGAACUGACAAACAGCUUGACGUGCAAAUAAUUACUCCAACCUCUGUCUACGAUACAACUUCAGGAAAACCAACCACUUCAAGAAGCAAGAAUGAAAUGGAAGUAACCACCUCACAUUACACUAAAUAUUUUACAUCCGAGAAAACUACUUUGGAUGUAUCUGUACAACAGCCACCAGAUGAACAGUCAAGUCCUGGUACGUCCUCGAAUUUGCAAACCGAAUCAUUUUUAACAACAACAAUGAUAUUAAGUAACCCAAAUACAACAUCUUCUGUUGAAACAACCGAAAAAACAGGUCAGCUAACUUCUACGAUCGGAACUACUAUGGAUACCAAUGAAGAGGAUGCACGGACUAUUGUUUUCAGUGAACGAGGCGAAAUAACAACAAAUCUUCCCAUUGAGCCUAAUUCAAUGAUAUCAAAGGAAGGAACUACGCUGGGCACAAUUACUCUGACAGAGAGCUCAGAACAAUCAACAGUCACCAAAGUCGCAACAUCCCAAUGGAAAGAUACAGAUACAACCACUGUACCAGAUUCGACAACACAGGCAAUCAAACAUAUGACCAUACCAUUUACAUCUGAAUUUUUCAUACCCAAUCUUAGUUUACACGAAUAUUCAACGUUAAGAAAUGCCGAGGUGUCACUAGAAAUUUCAACUACUGUUGACUUUUCCCUUGCUGACGGCGAAAAUAUCUUCACUACACCAUCAGUUCAAACAACCUUGGCAGCAGACACAUCAACUGAAACAUUCAGUGAACCAAAAGUAACUACAACUACGUCAACAUCAGCUACGUCAGUUAACUAUGCCGAUCAACCGCAAAAAACCGCGUCGAUGUUGCCUGUAACUGAUUCUAUUGAUGAUUCCCCGAGUUAUCAGCCAAGUGAAUCUACUGAGGCCACUACAGUUAUCAGGCCAACCACCAAAGAGCGUGAAUCAAAGAUUCCAAAGACAAUUACAUUAACUUCUCCUGGAAUAACAGCGUUUCCAGAAACAAAAACGGAAUUAACUUCAGUUUUGGAAAACAUUCAGUUUCCUACAAUCAACAUAGCAAAAGAGAGCCACUUUACAGAGUAUCCGACAACCGAGACGGUUUUCAGUCAGCGAAAUACAAUAGAAUAUAUGGAACCAACUUCAAAUACAGUCACUUACGCUAUAACAGAGAAUGACUCCGAAUCUUCUUUAAAUACUGAAUCAUUAAGUCAGGAACCAGUAACAGUAGACAUAUCAUUGACAAAAACCGAAAAAACAGACUUUACUACAACUACUUAUAACCCGACCCACGAAAACAUUGAUAACACUGCGACUGCAAGCUCUUUUCUGGAUGAUUCAUCGUCUUCUCUAGCGAAUGAAAUAGACGAUGAGACAGCCUCCUAUUCAUUUGCUAGAAACUGCCGAACUUCUACUGACUGUGAAAUAUCCGAAACAUGCAAUAAAACACAUUGUAUACCAAUCUGUACAGACAAUUUAUCUUCCAAUACACCCUGCGCAAAAGAGCCGCCCGGUACACCUAAGAAACCCGAACCCUGUCAAUCGGAUGUGGACUGUAUCGAAACGGAGGUAUGCUAUAUGGGAACAUGCGAGGAUCCCUGCCUAUUCGACAGGGUUUGCGCACCCACAGCAACCUGCCGCAGUAAAAUGCAUCGGCCAAUCUGCACCUGUCCACCCGGACACGAGGGUAACCCGAUGAUCAAGUGUACACCGAUUAAAACAAUUGAAUGCACCUCAAGUGAUGAAUGUACUUUAUUGGAAGCCUGCAUUGCUAAUGUCUGUCAGCGGCCGUGUGAUGUGCAAAAUCCGUGUGCCCCCAACGCGGUUUGCAUCAAUCAAAAUCAUGGUUCUGAAUGUAGUUGCGUUGAAGGAUACCAUGGAAAUGGUCACGUGUCUUGUCAAUUAGUGACAACACCAGGUUCGAUUUGUCAGUAUAAUGAAGACUGUCCUCCAGACAAACUGUGUGACCGGUUGAAUCGAGUUUGUAUAAAUCCGUGCCAAGAAGACUCUUGCGGAGACAACGCUGAAUGCUUCCCACGUAACCACGGAAUAGAGUGCCGUUGCAGGAAUGGAUUUUCUGGAAACGCAUACAUACAGUGUGUUCAGUUACAUGGUUGCACAUCGGAUAGUGAAUGCGACUUUUCUGAAGCUUGCAUCAACGGCCAAUGUGCAUCUCCAUGUCAAUGCGGGCCGUACGCUUUAUGUGAUGUGAAGAAUCACAAAGGCAACUGCAGGUGCCCUCCAGGAUAUCAUGGUGAUGGUCAUGUAGGAUGUAAUCCACCUAGUAACCCUUGCGAUCCAAACCCAUGUGGCCUCAACGCUAUGUGCGAAAUUGACGCAGGGAGUCCAAUCUGCUUUUGUCCGAAAGGUUUAACAGGAAAUCCAUUCAGAAAUUGCAUACCAGAAGGUGAUGAGUGUGCUCCAAAUCCUUGUGGACCAAAUAGUGGCUGCAGAAAGAUAAACAAUCAGGCUGCUUGUUUUUGCUUACCAGAAUUCGACGGAAGCCCACCAGAAGUACCAUGUAAACUGCCACAAAAUCCUUGUGAUCCCUCUCCUUGUGGACCAAAUACUCAAUGUGCAGUUCUGAAGAAUGGCUACGCCAAGUGUACGUGCCUCAGCGGAUAUAUAGAAAGUCCCAAUACAAUCCGUGGAUGUGUUGAACCCAAAAAUCCGUGUGAUCCAAAUCCGUGUGGAUUUGGAGCUGUUUGCGAUUCGUCUCGAAAACCAGAAUGCUACUGCCCUGAGGGUUCAGUUGGAAAUCCGUUCCGUAGCUGUGUUGAACCAGUUGUUACAUCCGAGCUUUGCAAACCUGGGCCGUGUGGGAAAGAUGCAGACUGUUAUAUCGCUGGAGGUAGAGAACAAUGUUAUUGCCGACCAGGAUAUGUUGGAGAUGCUUAUAUUGGUUGUGAUGAGCAUCCACGGUCUGUUUGUGAGCCAAAUCCUUGCGGUCCUGGUGCGGAGUGCUUAGUACUACCAGAUAGAACUCCCGCAUGUAGAUGUCCACCGGGAUUAAGUGGAGAUCCGACUACGACAGAAGGAUGCCGAGGUUUCGAAUGUCGUAUUGAUAGUGAAUGUCCUGCUGAUAAAGCUUGUAUUGGCUUUCAAUGCGUCGAUCCAUGUCCGGGUGCUUGUGCUGCUGGAGCCUAUUGCAAAGUAGAAAAACAUCAUCCUGUGUGCUUCUGCAAUGCAGGUCUGACCGGAAAUCCAGCCAUUAGAUGCUAUUUAAUUGAUGAGGAGGUACCGCAUAACCAGUGUAAUCCUAGUCCUUGUGGCCUGAACACGCAGUGUACUGUACGAAAUAAAAGACCCAUCUGCAAAUGUUUACCUAACUACAAGGGCGAUCCCAAAAAAGGUUGCCGCGCAGAAUGUGAGCUCAACUCUGAUUGCCCAUCCGAUAAGGCAUGCAUGAACCGACGUUGUGUACCACCCUGUAACGGUGCAGUAUGCGGAAUAAAUGCAGAAUGUCACGUACAAUACCAUACACCAAUGUGCAAAUGUCCAAAUGGAUUCACUGGAGACUCAUUCGUUCAUUGCGUACUGAUUCCUGAGGAAAGAAACAUGACCCGACAACCGUGCCAAGAAUCACCAUGUGGCCCGCAAGGAAUAUGCUCAGUUUACGGUGAUGAUGUAGCACUCUGUGAUCCAUGUUCAGCCUCAGAUGCUGUUCACAAUCCCCGAUGUCGACCCAAGUGUGUUCUGAAUACCGAUUGUCCAUUCAAUUUGGCGUGUCUGCAGGGAAAAUGUUUAGAUCCUUGUCCAGGAUCUUGCGGUGAUAACGCUCAUUGUACAGUAGAACAACAUCGACCAGUUUGCUCAUGUCUCCCUGGCUUAUACGGCAAUCCAUAUGAACGAUGUAUGAAGCAGGACACACCACUGGAAACAUGCGAUACCAUCAGAUGUGGUGCAAAUACAGAAUGUAGACGAAUGAGCGGUGCCCUAGCCUGUGUUUGCAAAAAGAACUAUUUUGGCGAUCCACUGGUUGGUUGUAGACCAGAGUGCGUGAUCAACACGGAUUGUUCUAUUAACAAAGCAUGCGUUAACACCAGGUGCCAGGAUCCAUGUGUUGGGGUAUGCGGCGUAAAUGCUCUUUGCAAAGUAGUAAACCACCUACCAGUAUGCUACUGCGCACCUACUCACACGGGAGAUGCUCUGAUAGCAUGUACCGAGAAAACUUAUCUCCCUCCGGACAAUACACCAUGUGAUCCAAAUCCUUGCGGUCCUAAUAGUAAAUGUUUGGGGACACCCGAAAAUUACGCAGUUUGUUCGUGUUUACCGGGAUACCGUGGUAUACCACCAGCUUGCCAAGCAGAAUGUAUGAUUAAUGCUGAAUGUCCGCAGAAUGAAGCCUGUGUCAAUCUAAAGUGUAUCAAUCCAUGUCCCGGAACAUGUGGUGUUAAUGCAAAAUGUGAAGUACUCAACCAUAAUCCUAUUUGUAGUUGUGCACCUAACCAACAAGGUGAUCCAUUUGUGAGAUGCGAUUUCAGACAAAAUCCUGAGAAACCUCCGACGAAAAACCCAUGUGACCCAUCGCCGUGUGGGCUGAACUCUAUUUGCCAAGUCAAACGAAAUCGGCCUGUGUGUUCGUGUCAAGCCAAUUUCGUCGGUAGUCCCCCCUAUUGUCGCCCAGAAUGUGCCUUGAGCUCUGAAUGUACGCAAGAUAAAGCUUGUAUCAAUGAAAAAUGCAAGAAUCCUUGUGAGAACGCAUGUGGAAUAAACGCAGAAUGUUACGUUGUAGCUCACUCAGCGUUCUGUAAUUGUCGGCCAGGAUACGAAGGUGAUGCGUUCAUUGGUUGUUCUGAAGUUCCUAGAGAUAUCCCCCAAAAAGACGUCUGCCACCCGAGUCCUUGCGCCGAAAACGCAGUGUGUACUGAAGCUAACGGUGCUGCCAAGUGCAGUUGUAUUGCACCAUAUUUGGGUGAUCCUUAUAACACCGGUUGCCGACCAGAAUGUGUUCUGCAUUCUGACUGUCCAAGUCAUCUGGCUUGCGUGAAUCAGCACUGCCGCGAUCCAUGUCCAGGAAAAUGUGGAUCUAACGCCGUAUGUACCGUAGCCAAUCACAUUCCAGUAUGCGAGUGUAUCCAAGGUCAUAUUGGAGAUGCAUUCCGAGGAUGCCGUAAGGAGCCAGUUACUCCAAAGGACCCUUGUGCGCAAUGCCCUUCGAAUAGUGUGUGCCGUAUCAUUCAAGGGCGUCCGACAUGCUCAUGUCCCGAAGGCUACCGUGGAGCACCGCCUGCAUGUCGACCAGAAUGCUCCAGCAACGAAGAAUGUCGUCAUGAUCAAAGCUGUAUUAACCUCAAAUGCAAAGAUCCAUGUCCUGGAUUGUGUGGUAUUAAUGCACAGUGUCAAGUCAUCAACCACAAAGCAUUUUGUAGUUGUCUUCGCGAUUAUUAUGGAAAUCCGUUUGAACAGUGUAUGCCGAAACCAGUCAAACCCAUGCAUCCAUGCCAGCCAAGUCCUUGUGGUCCGUACUCAGAGUGUCGAGAAGUGAAUGAUCGUGCUGCGUGUUCCUGUGUUCCAGGAAUGCUCGGUACUCCCCCAAACUGUAGACCAGAGUGUGAAACAGAUCUAGAUUGCCCAUCAAGCCGGGCUUGCCUUAAUCAAAGAUGCAAGGAUCCUUGCGUUGGGUCUUGUGGAUUUAACACUCAUUGUGUAGCUCGUGAUCAUCGUCCUGAGUGUUAUUGCACAGAAGGUUUUGAAGGUGAUCCCUACAAUGGAUGUAAUCCAAUUGUCGUAUACCACGAAGAAACGAUAAAUCCCUGCAACCCAUCGCCAUGUGGAUCAAAUGCUAUAUGUAAAGAAUAUAACGGUGCUGGUUCAUGUACUUGCAUGCAAAAUUAUUUUGGUGAUCCUUACGUCAGCUGUAGACCAGAAUGCAUUCAAAGUUCAGACUGCCCGUACGACAAGUCAUGUGUUAACACUAAAUGUGUCGACCCAUGCAUUGGUACAUGCGGUCUGAAUGCUGAGUGUCGUGUACAUAAUCACGCUCCUGUAUGCACAUGUGUAUCUGGAUUUGUGGGCAAUCCAUCACUAGCCUGUUAUCUCCUUAUUAUCGAAAAGCCUAAAGAUGAACCAAUCGAUCCUUGUAUACCCUCGCCAUGCGGUCCUUAUAGCAUUUGUCGAGCGGUAGACAAUCGAGCCGUUUGUGCGUGCCAAAAUAAUUGUAUUGGAGCACCUCCUAACUGUAGACCGGAAUGUAUGCUCAACUCUGAAUGCUCCAGGGACCAAUCUUGCAUUAACCAACGUUGUGUAGAUCCAUGUCCGGGGACAUGCGGUCUCAACGCACGAUGUCGAGUUGUCAAUCACAAUCCCAUAUGUAGCUGUAAUUUUAGAUUUGUUGGUGACCCCUUUGUGAGAUGUACUCCAGAACCGAAACAACCUGUCUCACAAGAGCAACCCUGUCAGCCCUCUCCCUGUGGUCCAAAUGCAAACUGUCGGGUAAAUGGUGAUCGCCCAAUAUGUUCAUGUAUGCCCAAUUUCAUCGGACGACCUCCUAACUGUCGACCGGAAUGUGUUGUUAAUUCUGAAUGUUCUAUGAAUUUAGCAUGUGUCAAUGAAAAGUGUGUUGAUCCUUGUCAAGGAUCAUGCGGGCCCAAUGCAGAAUGUAGAGUUGUAUCGCAUAGACCAAUGUGCACAUGUUAUCCAUCUUACACGGGUGAUCCCUUCUCUGGUUGCAAUAAAAUACAAAUAAUCCAUGAAGCACCCAUGCCUUGCACGCCGAGUCCUUGCGGUGUAAAUGCUAUUUGUAGAGAGCAAUCAGGUGCAGGCUCAUGUUCAUGCCUACCAGAAUAUUUCGGUGAUCCAUAUGUUAGUUGUAGACCAGAAUGUGUCAUGAAUAGUGAUUGUCAAAGAACGCGAGCAUGCAUCAAUAGUAAAUGUGUCGAUCCCUGCCCUGGUACCUGUGGUUCCAAUGCCGAAUGUCACGUAGUUAAUCACUCCCCUACUUGCACUUGCAUCCACGGUUACAUCGGUAAUCCAUUUACUUCAUGUACUCUACAACCAGAAAUUGAAGACGAACCAAUUAAUCCAUGCCAGCCAUCGCCUUGUGGACCAAACAGCAUUUGCCGAGUUGGCAACAAUCAUGCUAUUUGCACUUGUAGUCCUAACUUUAUUGGAACACCUCCCAGUUGUCGGCCGGAGUGUGUUGUAAGUUCCGAAUGUCCUCUGGACAAGGCGUGCGUUGGUCAAAAAUGUAGAGAUCCUUGUCCAGGAACCUGCGGACUUAAUGCACGCUGUCAGGUUGUCAACCAUAAUCCCAUAUGUAGUUGCAAAGUUGGAUUCACUGGAGAUCCUUUCUCAAGAUGUGUGCCUGAAGAGAGAACCCCCAUCAUUAACGAAGAACCAAAAUAUCCUUGUCAACCAUCACCUUGUGGACCCAAUUCACAAUGCAAAGAAGUUGGUAACACUGCUGUAUGUUCAUGUUUACCAAACUACAUUGGUCGAUCUCCCAAUUGUCGGCCAGAAUGCACUUCGAAUUCUGAAUGCACUGCUAUGCUGGCUUGUAUAAACGAAAAAUGCGAGAAUCCCUGCCCAGGAUCAUGUGGUUCGUACGCUACUUGCGUCGUACAGAAUCAUCAACCCAGUUGUAAAUGCUACGAUGGCUACACUGGCGAUCCCUACUCGGCAUGCAUGCCAAUACCAAUUCAACGAGAGCCUGAAAUUGUAGACCCAUGUACUCCAUCACCUUGCGGUGUAAAUGCAAAAUGCAAUGUGCGAAAUAAUGCGGGUUCUUGUACCUGUUUGCCGGAUUAUUUUGGUGACCCUUACCAUGAAUGUAGGCCUGAAUGUAUUUUAAAUGCUGAUUGCCCUAAGACUCGGUCCUGUUUAAACAACAAAUGUACGGAUCCGUGCCCUGGAAUGUGUGGACGCAAUGCCGAAUGCUUUGUUUCCAAUCAUGCCCCUAUGUGUUCAUGCCUUGCUGGAUUCACUGGUAACCCUUCGGUUGUCUGUCAUGAAAUCCCAAAAAUAGCCGAUCCAGUUCUUGUUAACCCCUGUCGACCGUCACCUUGUGGGCCAUACAGCGAAUGUCGUGAAGUAGAUAACCAUGCAGUUUGCUCUUGUCAGAAAAAUUACGUUGGUACACCACCGGCGUGCCGUCCGGAAUGUAUUGUUAGCUCAGAGUGUUCUCAGUAUAAGGCCUGCUUAAACCAGAAGUGUGUUGAUCCUUGUCCUGGAACCUGCGGCUUGAAUGCCAGAUGUAACGUUAUUAAUCACAACCCGAUUUGUAGUUGUCCUUCUGAUUUCACUGGUGAUCCCUUCGUACAGUGCCUGCCAGAGGAAAAACGUCCAGCACCAAGAGAACCAGAAAAUCCUUGCAUACCUAAUCCAUGUGGUCCUAACUCACAGUGUCGAACUGCAGGCACAGUUCCCGCUUGUUCUUGUCUACCUAAUUAUGUAGGUCGCGCACCGAACUGCCGACCCGAAUGCACGAUCAACUCCGAAUGUGCUGGAAAUCUUGCCUGUAUUAAUGAGAAAUGUAUAGAUCCAUGCCCGGGCUCAUGUGGACCAAAUGCCGUUUGCAAUGUAAUCAAACAUUCCCCUGUAUGUUCCUGCUCAUCCGGUUUUACUGGCGAUCCCUUCUCUGGGUGUAUGGAUAUUCCUCUUCCACCAAUACAAAACGAAAUGAGGGAUCCUUGCAAUCCUUCGCCGUGUGGAUCGAAUGCUGUUUGUAAGGAACGUAACGGUGCUGGCUCUUGUACAUGUUUAUCGGAAUAUUUUGGCGAUCCGUACAGUGGAUGCCGUCCGGAGUGCGUGACUAAUAGUGACUGCCCACGUAACAAAGCAUGUGUUAAUAAUAAAUGCAAAGAUCCAUGCCCUGGUGUAUGUGGCAUUAACGCUGAAUGUUACGUGGUCAACCACUCUCCCAGUUGCGCUUGUAUUUCUGGAUACACAGGCGAUCCACUGUCCGCCUGCCACGAACCUGUUCCUCCGAAGCAAAACGUACCUCUCAAUCCAUGUUCGCCGUCCCCUUGUGGACCUAAUAGUUUGUGUCGUGAAAUCAACGGACAUGCAGUAUGCUCUUGCCAAACAGGUUUUAUUGGAACUCCGCCAAGUUGUCGACCAGAAUGUGUCGUUAGUUCAGAAUGCGCUCCCGACAAGGCUUGCAUUAACCAAAAAUGCCAAGACCCUUGUCCGGGUACAUGUGGACAAAACGCACGUUGUCAGAUCGUCAAUCAUAGCCCUAUCUGUAGCUGUUCUUCUGACUUCACCGGAGAUCCUUUUGUAAAGUGUACACCGUUAGAAAAACGUCCUGUGGUAUCUGAUGGUGAUCCAUGUGUGCCUUCUCCAUGUGGACCCAACUCUCAAUGUCGAGCUGUUGGAAACACGCCCACCUGUUCAUGUCUGCCAAACUAUAUUGGCCGGGCACCCAACUGUCGUCCAGAGUGUAUGAUUAAUGCCGAAUGCUCUGCAAAUUUGGCUUGUAUAAAUGAAAAAUGUAAAGAUCCAUGCGUUGGCUCCUGUGGGCUAAAUGCAAUUUGCACUGUAAUCAAACACAAUCCGGUUUGCGAAUGCCAGGUUGGAUUUACCGGUGAUCCAUUUUCAGUUUGCACAGAAUUCACUCCUCAACGUGAACCCGUACAAGUCAAUCCGUGUAAUCCGUCCCCAUGCGGCGCUAACGCUGUUUGCAAGGAACGCAAUGGAGCUGGAUCCUGCAUUUGUCUUCCGGACUAUUUCGGUGAUCCAUACACAGGCUGCCGUCCAGAAUGCGUACAAAACUCAGAUUGCGAUAAGUUCAGAGCUUGUGUUAACAACAAAUGCAAAGAUCCGUGUCCUGGAGUUUGCGGUUUAAAUGCUGAAUGUAGAGUGCAGAAUCAUAGCCCUAUUUGUUUAUGUCUUGAGGGUUACACUGGUGAUCCUUCCAAAGGAUGUAGCAUAACAGAGACAGUAACAGCACGGCCAAAAGCGGAAGGAUGCUCUCCGUCACCCUGUGGUCCAAAUAGUAAUUGCCGCGAAGUAAACGGGCACUCAGUAUGCUCAUGCCAGUCAGGUUAUAUUGGAACUCCUCCAUCAUGUAGACCAGAAUGUGUUGUUAGCUCGGAGUGCAGCCAGGAUAGAGCCUGUCUCAAUCAAAAAUGUGCCGACCCCUGCCCUGGUACUUGCGGAACAGAGGCCCGAUGCCAAGUUGUAAAUCACAAUCCCAUCUGUAGCUGUCCCCCAGGUUACACUGGAGAUCCGUUUAUUCGAUGUAACAAAAAAGAUUACCGUGACAUACCACCAGUCGAUCCGUGUCUACCGUCACCUUGUGGACCAUAUUCACAAUGUAGAGUAGUGAACACACAAGCUGCCUGCUCUUGCCAAGCAAAUUAUAUAGGUAGACCGCCGCUCUGUCGUCCAGAAUGUACGUACGAUGCUGAAUGUGCCAGUAAUUUGGCAUGUCAGAAUGAACGAUGUACUGAUCCAUGCCCUGGUGCAUGUGGACACAACGCCGUUUGUCAAGCAAUCAACCAUCGAGCUGUUUGUGUUUGCAAUGAUGGUUUCGAGGGUAAUCCUCUAGUACAAUGUGACCGAACUCUGUCACCGACUACAGAACGUCUUACACCAUGCGCUCCAUCUCCAUGUGGUCCCAAUGCAGAAUGCAGGGAACGAAACAAAGCCGGUGCUUGUUAUUGUUUGCAAGGCUAUGAAGGAAAUCCCUACGAUGUCUUCUCCGGUUGUCGACGAGAGUGCGAUGUAAAUAGUGAUUGUGCAGAGAGCCUCGCUUGUGUGAACUACAAGUGUGUUGAUCCUUGUCCGGGUGUUUGUGGGGGCCAAGCCCUUUGUGAGAUAGUUAACCAUGUACCAACUUGUGUUUGCCCAGAAGGAAUGGUUGGUGAUCCGUUCUCACGCUGUGAGUUAAGGGUAGAACCAAUCACGCGAGCUCCACUCAUUUGUGAUCAAAGUACAUGCGGCCCAAACAGUAUUUGCCGUAUUCAGAAUGACGUCGCUGUAUGUAAAUGUCAACCUGUAAUGAUUGGAAGCCCUCCUAAUUGUCGUCCAGAAUGCCUCCAAAGUAGUGAUUGCGACUCGCAGGGAGCCUGUGUGAACUAUAAAUGUAUAGAUCCGUGCCCUGGAUCAUGUGGACAAAAUGCUAAAUGUCAAGUUAUCAAUCACAACCCCAUCUGUAGUUGCAACCCCGGAUUUACGGGUGAUCCGUUCACUCGCUGCUAUCAAGAAAUUCGCGACACUACGAAAGCUCCUCCGACUCCUUGCGUACCUUCACCCUGCGGACCAAAUGCAGAAUGCAAAGCAAUCGGUGGCAAAGAAGCCUGUUCCUGUUUGCCAGACCAUGUAGGAACACCACCGAAUUGUCGUCCUGAGUGUGUCCUAAGUACCGAGUGCUCUCAGAACCAAGCCUGCAUUCGUCAAAAAUGUACCGAUCCGUGUCCUGGAUCCUGUGGUCUGAACGCAAAGUGCACUGUUGUCAACCAUACACCCAGCUGUUCAUGUGACCAUGGAUACACUGGCGAUCCAUUUACCGGUUGCCAGCCAAUACAAGCCGAUUAUCCAAUUCAAGUUCAGUCUCCAUGUGUUCCCAGUCCAUGCGGAGCUAACGCCAUUUGUCGAGAACAAAGCGGUGCUGGAGCAUGCACGUGCAUCGAAGAUCACUUUGGAAACCCGUACGAAGGCUGUCGUCCUGAGUGUGUCUUGAACUCCGACUGUCCCCUUAACCGCGCCUGUAUACGUAACAAAUGUCAGGAUCCCUGUCCCGGAACGUGUGGUCAAAAUGCUGAAUGCCAAGUUGUCAAUCAUUUACCCUCAUGCUCCUGUGCCGAAGGAUAUGAGGGUGAUCCGUUUCGAUAUUGCGUCGAACGAAAAGAACCCAAACAAGAUAACAAAAACUCCUGUCAGCCAAAUCCUUGCGGUCCCAACAGUCAAUGUCGAGAAAUCAAUAGUCAAGCCGUUUGCUCAUGUCUUCCCACGUACAUUGGAACACCUCCAGGCUGUCGACCGGAAUGUGUCUCCAGUUAUGAAUGUUCCUUGGACCGAGCCUGUGUCAAUCAAAAGUGUACUGACCCAUGUCCAGGAACGUGUGGUACUAACGCACGAUGUAACGUUAAUAAUCAUAGCCCAAUUUGUUCUUGUUUAUCUGGAUAUACGGGAGAUCCCUUCACACGAUGUUACCCUAAUCCACCCCCUUCACAAGACACACAAAUCAUUGUGCGAGAUCCAUGCGUACCAUCUCCCUGUGGUCCAAAUGCCCAAUGUAGAAACGCAAACGAAAUUCCAUCAUGUUCUUGUCUUCCCAAUUACAUUGGAUCACCACCAAAUUGUAGACCAGAGUGCACCAUCAACGCGGAGUGUUCAAGCGCACAAGCUUGUAUGAAUGAGAAGUGUAGAGAUCCCUGCCCUGGAUCAUGUGGAAUCAGUGCGAGGUGUAAUGUAAUCAAUCACACACCGAUUUGUACCUGUGAGAGUGGCUUUACGGGUGAUCCAUUUACAAGCUGUUACCCUGAGCCACCUCCACCGAAAGAACCCGUACGAGAUGAUCCAUGCAAUCCAUCUCCAUGUGGACCAAAUGCUCAAUGUAACGAUGGAAUAUGCUCAUGUUUGCCUCAGUAUCAAGGCGAUCCAUAUCAAGGAUGCCGGCCAGAAUGCGUACUUAAUUCCGAUUGUUCACGAGAAAAGGCAUGCAUAAGAAGUAAAUGUGUCGAUCCCUGUCCAGGAACAUGUGGACAAGAUGCUAUAUGCGAUGUCAUCAAUCAUAUUCCAAUGUGCAGUUGUCCAAAUGGAAUGGCUGGUAAUGCAUUCAUACAGUGCCGACCACAACAAUCGCCACAAGUGGCGAAUCCAUGCAACCCAACUCCGUGUGGUCCUAACAGCCAGUGCCGUGAAAUAAAUGGUCAAGCGGUGUGCUCUUGUGUACCAGGGUUUAUUGGAAGUCCACCAACUUGCAGACCUGAAUGUGUCGUCAGUUCAGAUUGCUUCCAAAAUCAAGCUUGCAGUAAUCAGAAAUGUCGUGAUCCUUGUCCUGGCACAUGUGGAAUCAGAGCUAAUUGUGUUGUCGUCAACCACAACCCGAUUUGCAGCUGUCCUAAUCGUUACAGUGGUGAUCCGUUUAUUCGUUGUCAACCGAUCAUUGAACCUCCAGUUCAAAUGACUGUGGGUAAUCCCUGUCAACCUUCACCUUGCGGGCCUAACGCAGAAUGUCGGUCGGUUGGAAACUCUCCGUCUUGCACUUGUAUUGACGGAAUGGUGGGUUCACCCCCCAAUUGCCGACCAGAAUGUAUCAGUACCUCCGAAUGCGACAGCAAUCGUGCAUGUAUUAGACAAAAAUGUCAAGAUCCAUGUAUUGGAGCUUGUGGUUCUAACUCAGAAUGUAGGGUUGUUAGUCAUACUCCAAUGUGCAUUUGCUCUAUUGGAUACACCGGUGAUCCCUUCAGUCAAUGUGUGCCGACUCAACAGGAUGUACCAAGAGAACCAACUUCUCCUUGUACACCUAGUCCUUGUGGUGCAAAUGCCGUCUGCAGAGAACAAAACAAUGCCGGAUCUUGCACUUGUGUAGAAGAUCAUAUCGGAAAUCCAUACGAAGGUUGUAGGCCGGAAUGUGUCCUAAAUUCUGACUGUUCCUCAAACCAAGCCUGUGUCAGAAACAAGUGUCAAGAUCCAUGUCCUGGAACGUGUGCACAAAAUGCGGAAUGCCAAGUUGUGAAUCAUUUACCAUCCUGUACUUGCCUUCAAGGAUACAAAGGCGAUCCAUUCCGUUUCUGCAGCAUACAACAAGAACAACCUCUUCAAGAAUACGUGAACCCUUGUCAACCGAGUCCAUGCGGUCCCAACAGUCAAUGCCGAGUAAUUAAUGGUCAAGCCGUUUGUUCAUGCCUUCCCAAAUACGUUGGAACACCUCCAGGCUGUCGACCGGAAUGUGUCUCCAGUUCUGAAUGUUUCUUGGACCGAGCCUGUGUCAAUCAAAAGUGUACUGACCCAUGUCCAGGAACUUGUGGUACUAACGCACGAUGUAACGUUAAUAAUCAUAGCCCAAUUUGUUCUUGUUUAUCUGGAUAUACGGGAGAUCCCUUCACACGGUGUUACCCUAAUCCACCUCCUCCACAAGACACACAAAUCAUUGUGCGAGAUCCAUGCGUACCAUCUCCCUGUGGUCCAAAUGCCCAAUGUAGAAACGCAAACGAAAUUCCAUCAUGUUCUUGUCUCACCAAUUACAUUGGAUCACCACCAAAUUGUAGACCAGAGUGCACCAUCAACGCGGAGUGUUCAAGCGCACAAGCUUGUAUGAAUGAGAAGUGUAGAGAUCCCUGCCCUGGAUCAUGUGGAAUCAGUGCGAGGUGUAAUGUAAUCAAUCACACACCGAUUUGUACCUGUGAGAGUGGCUUUACGGGCGAUCCAUUCACAAGCUGUUACACUGAGCCACCUCCACCUGAAGAACCAGUACGAGAUGAUCCAUGCAAUCCAUCUCCAUGUGGACCAAAUGCUCAAUGUAACGAUGGAAUAUGCUCCUGCUUGCCUGAGUAUCAAGGCAAUCCAUAUCAAGGAUGCCGGCCAGAAUGCGUACUUAAUUCCGAUUGUUCACGAGAAAAGGCAUGCAUAAGAAGUAAAUGUGUCGAUCCCUGUCCAGGAACAUGUGGACAAGAUGCUAUAUGCGAUGUCAUCAAUCAUAUUCCAAUGUGCAGUUGUCCAAAUGGAAUGGCUGGUAAUGCAUUCAUACAGUGCCGACCACAACAAUCGCCACCAGUGGCGAAUCCAUGCAACCCAACUCCGUGUGGUCCCAACAGCCAGUGCCGUGAAAUAAAUGGUCAAGCGGUGUGCUCUUGUGUACCAGGGUUUAUUGGAAGUCCACCUACUUGCAGACCUGAAUGUGUCGUCAGUUCAGAUUGCUCCCAAAAUCAAGCUUGCAGUAAUCAGAAAUGUCGUGAUCCUUGUCUUGGCACAUGUGGAAUCAGAGCCAAUUGUGUUGUCGUCAACCACAACCCGAUUUGCAGCUGUCCUAAUCGUUACAAUGGUGAUCCGUUUAUUCGUUGUCAACCAAUCAUUGAACCUCCAGUUCAAAUGACUGUGGGUAAUCCCUGUCAACCUUCACCUUGCGGGCCUAACGCAGAAUGUCGAUCGGUUGGAAACUCUCCGUCUUGCACUUGUAUUGACGGAAUGGUGGGUUCACCCCCCAAUUGCCGACCGGAAUGUAUCAGUAACUCCGAAUGCGACAGCAAUCGUGCAUGUAUUAGACAAAAAUGUCAAGAUCCAUGUAUUGGAGCUUGUGGUUCUAACUCAGAAUGUAGGGUUGUAAGUCAUACUCCAAUGUGCAUUUGCUCUAUUGGAUACACCGGUGAUCCCUUCAGUCAAUGUGUGCCGACUCAACAGGAUGCACCAAGAGAACCAACUUCUCCUUGUACACCUAGUCCUUGUGGUGCAAAUGCCGUCUGCAGAGAACAAAACAAUGCCGGAUCUUGCACUUGUGUGGAAGAUCAUAUCGGAAAUCCAUACGAAGGUUGUAGGCCGGAAUGUGUCCUAAAUUCUGACUGUUCCCCAAACCAAGCCUGUGUCAGGAGCAAGUGUCAAGAUCCAUGUCCUGGAACGUGUGCACAAAAUGCGGAAUGCCAAGUUGUGAAUCAUUUACCAUCAUGUACUUGCCGUCAAGGAUACAAAGGCGAUCCAUUCCGUUUCUGCAGCAUACAACAAGAACAACCUCUUCAAGAGUACGUAAACCCUUGUCAACCAAGUCCAUGCGGUCCCAACAGUCAAUGCCGAGAAAUUAAUGGUCAAGCCGUUUGUUCAUGCCUUCCCAAAUACGUUGGAACACCUCCAGGCUGUCGACCGGAAUGUGUCUCCAGUUCUGAAUGUUCCUUGGACCGAGCCUGUGUCAAUCAAAAGUGUACUGACCCAUGUCCAGGAACUUGUGGUACUAACGCACGAUGUAACGUUAAUAAUCAUAGCCCAAUUUGUUCUUGUUUAUCUGGAUAUACGGGAGAUCCCUUCACACGGUGUUACCCUAAUCCACCUCCUCCACAAGACACACAAAUCAUUGUGCGAGAUCCAUGCGUACCAUCUCCCUGUGGUCCAAAUGCCCAAUGUAGAAACGCAAACGAAAUUCCAUCAUGUUCUUGUCUCACCAAUUACAUUGGAUCACCACCAAAUUGUAGACCAGAGUGCACCAUCAACGCGGAGUGUUCAAGCGCACAAGCUUGUAUGAAUGAGAAGUGUAGAGAUCCCUGCCCUGGAUCAUGUGGAAUCAGUGCGAGGUGUAAUGUAAUCAAUCACACACCGAUUUGUACCUGUGAGAGUGGCUUUACGGGCGAUCCAUUCACAAGCUGUUACACUGAGCCACCUCCACCUAAAGAACCAGUACGAGAUGAUCCAUGCAAUCCAUCUCCAUGUGGACCAAAUGCUCAAUGUAACGAUGGAAUAUGCUCCUGCUUGCCUGAGUAUCAAGGCAAUCCAUAUCAAGGAUGCCGGCCAGAAUGCGUACUUAAUUCCGAUUGUUCACGAGAAAAGGCAUGCAUAAGAAGUAAAUGUGUCGAUCCCUGUCCAGGAACAUGUGGACAAGAUGCUAUAUGCGAUGUCAUCAAUCAUAUUCCAAUGUGCAGUUGUCCAAAUGGAAUGGCUGGUAAUGCAUUCAUACAGUGCCGACCACAACAAUCGCCACCAGUGGCGAAUCCAUGCAAACCAACUCCGUGUGGUCCCAACAGCCAGUGCCGUGAAAUAAAUGGUCAAGCGGUGUGCUCUUGUGUACCAGGGUUUAUUGGAAGUCCACCUACUUGCAGACCUGAAUGUGUCGUCAGUUCAGAUUGCUCCCAAAAUCAAGCUUGCAGUAAUCAGAAAUGUCGUGAUCCUUGUCUUGGCACAUGUGGAAUCAGAGCCAAUUGUGUUGUCGUCAACCACAACCCGAUUUGCAGCUGUCCUAAUCGUUACAAUGGUGAUCCGUUUAUUCGUUGUCAACCAAUCAUUGAACCUCCAGUUCAAAUGACUGUGGGUAAUCCCUGUCAACCUUCACCUUGCGGGCCUAACGCAGAAUGUCGGUCGGUUGGAAACUCUCCGUCUUGCACUUGUAUUGACGGAAUGGUGGGUUCACCCCCCAAUUGCCGACCGGAAUGUAUCAGUAACUCCGAAUGCGACAGCAAUCGUGCAUGUAUUAGACAAAAAUGUCAAGAUCCAUGUAUUGGAGCUUGUGGUUCUAACUUAGAAUGUAGGGUUGUAAGUCAUACUCCAAUGUGCAUUUGCUCUAUUGGAUACACCGGUGAUCCCUUCAGUCAAUGUGUGCCGACUCAACAGGAUGUACCAAGAGAACCAACUUCUCCUUGUACACCUAGUCCUUGUGGUGCAAAUGCCGUCUGCAGAGAACAAAACAAUGCCGGAUCUUGCACUUGUGUGGAAGAUCAUAUCGGAAAUCCAUACGAAGGUUGUAGGCCGGAAUGUGUCCUAAAUUCUGACUGUUCCCCAAACCAAGCCUGUGUCAGGAGCAAGUGUCAAGAUCCAUGUCCUGGAACGUGUGCACAAAAUGCGGAAUGCCAAGUUGUGAAUCAUUUACCAUCAUGUACUUGCCGUCAAGGAUACAAAGGGGAUCCAUUCCGUUUCUGCAGCAUACAACAAGAACAACCUCUUCAAGAAUACGUGAACCCUUGUCAACCAAGUCCAUGCGGUCCCAACAGUCAAUGCCGAGAAAUUAAUGGCCAAGCCGUUUGUUCAUGCCUUCCCAAAUACGUUGGAACACCUCCAGGCUGUCGACCGGAAUGUGUCUCCAGUUUUGAAUGUUCCUUGGACCGAGCCUGUGUCAAUCAAAAGUGUACUGACCCAUGUCCAGGAACUUGUGGUACUAACGCACGAUGUAACGUUAAUAAUCAUAGCCCAAUUUGUUCUUGUUUAUCUGGAUAUACGGGAGAUCCCUUCACACGAUGUUACCCUAAUCCACCUCCUCCACAAGACACACAAAUCAUUGUGCGGGAUCCAUGCGUACCAUCUCCCUGUGGUCCAAAUGCCCAAUGUAGAAACGCAAACGAAAUUCCAUCAUGUUCUUGUCUUCCCAAUUACAUUGGAUCACCACCAAAUUGUAGACCAGAGUGCACCAUCAACGCGGAGUGUUCAAGCGCACAAGCUUGUAUGAAUGAGAAGUGUAGAGAUCCCUGCCCUGGAUCAUGUGGAAUCAGUGCGAGGUGUAAUGUAAUCAAUCACACACCGAUUUGUACCUGUGAGAGUGGCUUUACGGGCGAUCCAUUCACAAGCUGUUACCCUGAGCCACCUCCACCUAAAGAACCAGUACGAGAUGAUCCAUGCAAUCCAUCUCCGUGUGGACCAAAUGCUCAAUGUAACGAUGGAAUAUGCUCCUGCUUGCCUCAGUAUCAAGGCGAUCCAUAUCAAGGAUGCCGGCCAGAAUGCGUACUUAAUUCUGAUUGUGCACGAGAAAAGGCAUGCAUAAGAAGUAAAUGUGUCGAUCCCUGUCCAGGAACAUGUGGACAAGAUGCUAUAUGCGAUGUCAUCAAUCAUAUUCCAAUGUGCAGUUGUCCAAAUGGAAUGGCUGGUAAUGCAUUCAUACAGUGCCGACCACAACAAUCGCCACAAGUGGCGAAUCCAUGCAACCCAACUCCGUGUGGUCCCAACAGCCAGUGCCGUGAAAUAAAUGGUCAAGCGGUGUGCUCUUGUGUACCAGGAUUUAUUGGAAGUCCACCAACUUGCAGACCUGAAUGUGUCGUCAGUUCAGAUUGCUCCCAAAAUCAAGCUUGCAGUAAUCAGAAAUGUCGUGAUCCUUGUCCUGGCACAUGUGGAAUCGGAGCUAAUUGCGUUGUCGUCAACCACAAUCCAAUUUGCAGCUGUCCUAAUCGUUACAGUGGUGAUCCGUUUAGUCGUUGUCAACCGAUCAUUGAACCUCCAGUUCAAAUGACUGUGGGUAAUCCUUGUCAACCCUCACCUUGCGGGCCUAACGCAGAAUGUCGGUCGGUUGGAAACUCUCCGUCUUGCACUUGUAUUGACGGAAUGGUGGGUUCUGCCCCCAAUUGCCGACCGGAAUGUAUCAGUAACUCCGAAUGCGACAGCAAUCGUGCAUGUAUUAGACAAAAAUGUCAAGAUCCAUGUAUUGGGGCUUGUGGUUCUAACUCAGAAUGUAGGGUUGUAAGUCAUACUCCAAUGUGCAUUUGCUCUAUUGGAUACACCGGUGAUCCCUUCAGUCAAUGUGUGCCGACUCAACAGGAUGUACCAAGAGAACCAACUUCUCCUUGUACACCUAGUCCUUGUGGUGCAAAUGCCGUCUGCAGAGAACAAAACAAUGCCGGAUCUUGCACUUGUGUAGAAGAUCAUAUCGGAAAUCCAUACGAAGGUUGUAGGCCGGAAUGUGUCCUAAAUUCUGACUGUUCCUCAAACCAAGCCUGUGUCAGAAGCAAGUGUCAAGAUCCAUGCCCUGGAACGUGUGCACAAAAUGCGGAAUGCCAAGUUGUGAAUCAUUUACCAUCAUGUACUUGCCUUCAAGGAUACAAAGGCGAUCCAUUCCGUUUCUGCAGCAUACAACAAGAACAACCUCUUCAAGAAUACGUGAACCCUUGUCAACCAAGUCCAUGCGGUCCCAACAGUCAAUGCCGAGAAAUUAAUGGCCAAGCCGUUUGUUCAUGCCUUCCCAAAUACGUUGGAACACCUCCAGGCUGUCGACCGGAAUGUAUCUCCAGUUCUGAAUGUUCCUUGGACCGAGCCUGUGUCAAUCAAAAGUGUACUGACCCAUGUCCAGGAACUUGUGGUACUAACGCACGAUGUAACGUUAAUAAUCAUAGCCCAAUUUGUUCUUGUUUAUCUGGAUAUACGGGAGAUCCCUUCACACGAUGUUACCCUAAUCCACCUCCUCCACAAGACACACAAAUCAUUGUGCGGGAUCCAUGCGUACCAUCUCCCUGUGGUCCAAAUGCCCAAUGUAGAAACGCAAACGAAAUUCCAUCAUGUUCUUGUCUUCCCAAUUACAUUGGAUCACCACCAAAUUGUAGACCAGAGUGCACCAUCAACGCGGAGUGUUCAAGCGCACAAGCUUGUAUGAAUGAGAAGUGUAGAGAUCCCUGCCCUGGAUCAUGUGGAAUCAGUGCGAGGUGUAAUGUAAUCAAUCACACACCGAUUUGUACCUGUGAGAGUGGUUUUACGGGCGAUCCAUUCACAAGCUGUUACCCUGAGCCACCUCCACCGAAAGAACCAGUACGAGAUGAUCCAUGCAAUCCAUCUCCAUGUGGACCAAAUGCUCAAUGUAACGAUGGAGUAUGCUCAUGUUUGCCUGAGUAUCAAGGCGAUCCAUAUCAAGGAUGCCGGCCAGAAUGCGUACUUAAUUCUGAUUGUUCACGAGAAAAGGCAUGCAUAAGAAGUAAAUGUGUCGAUCCCUGUCCAGGAACAUGUGGACAAGAUGCUAUAUGCGAUGUCAUCAAUCAUAUUCCAAUGUGCAGUUGUCCAAAUGGAAUGGCUGGUAAUGCAUUCAUACAGUGCCGACCACAACAAUCGCCACAAGUGGCGAAUCCAUGCAACCCAACUCCGUGUGGUCCCAACAGCCAGUGCCGUGAAAUAAAUGGUCAAGCGGUGUGCUCUUGUGUACCAGGAUUUAUUGGAAGUCCACCAACUUGCAGACCUGAAUGUGUCGUCAGUUCAGAUUGCUCCCAAAAUCAAGCUUGCAGUAAUCAGAAAUGUCGUGAUCCUUGUCCUGGCACAUGUGGAAUCGGAGCUAAUUGCGUUGUCGUCAACCACAAUCCAAUUUGCAGCUGUCCUAAUCGUUACAGUGGUGAUCCGUUUAUUCGUUGUCAACCGAUCAUUGAACCUCCAGUUCAAAUGACUGUGGGUAAUCCUUGUCAACCCUCACCUUGCGGGCCUAACGCAGAAUGUCGGUCGGUUGGAAACUCUCCGUCUUGCACUUGUAUUGACGGAAUGGUGGGUUCUGCCCCCAAUUGCCGACCGGAAUGUAUCAGUAACUCCGAAUGCGACAGCAAUCGUGCAUGUAUUAGACAAAAAUGUCAAGAUCCAUGUAUUGGGGCUUGUGGUUCUAACUCAGAAUGUAGGGUUGUAAGUCAUACUCCAAUGUGCAUUUGCUCUAUUGGAUACACCGGUGAUCCCUUCAGUCAAUGUGUGCCGACUCAACAGGAUGUACCAAGAGAACCAACUUCUCCUUGUACACCUAGUCCUUGUGGGGCAAAUGCCGUCUGCAGAGAACAAAACAAUGCCGGAUCUUGCACUUGUGUAGAAGAUCAUAUCGGAAAUCCAUACGAAGGUUGUAGGCCGGAAUGUGUCCUAAAUUCUGACUGUUCCUCAAACCAAGCCUGUGUCAGAAGCAAGUGUCAAGAUCCAUGCCCUGGAACGUGUGCACAAAAUGCGGAAUGCCAAGUUGUGAAUCAUUUACCAUCAUGUACUUGCCUUCAAGGAUACAAAGGCGAUCCAUUCCGUUUCUGCAGCAUACAACAAGAACAACCUCUUCAAGAAUACGUGAACCCUUGUCAACCAAGUCCAUGCGGUCCCAACAGUCAAUGCCGAGAAAUUAAUGGCCAAGCCGUUUGUUCAUGCCUUCCCAAAUACGUUGGAACACCUCCAGGCUGUCGACCGGAAUGUAUCUCCAGUUCUGAAUGUUCCUUGGACCGAGCCUGUGUCAAUCAAAAGUGUACUGACCCAUGUCCAGGAACUUGUGGUACUAACGCACGAUGUAACGUUAAUAAUCAUAGCCCAAUUUGUUCUUGUUUAUCUGGAUAUACGGGAGAUCCCUUCACACGAUGUUACCCUAAUCCACCUCCUCCACAAGACACACAAAUCAUUGUGCGGGAUCCAUGCGUACCAUCUCCCUGUGGUCCAAAUGCCCAAUGUAGAAACGCAAACGAAAUUCCAUCAUGUUCUUGUCUUCCCAAUUACAUUGGAUCACCACCAAAUUGUAGACCAGAGUGCACCAUCAGCGCGGAGUGUUCAAGCGCACAAGCUUGUAUGAAUGAGAAGUGUAGAGAUCCCUGCCCUGGAUCAUGUGGAAUCAGUGCGAGGUGUAAUGUAAUCAAUCACACACCGAUUUGUACCUGUGAGAGUGGUUUUACGGGCGAUCCAUUCACAAGCUGUUACCCUGAGCCACCUCCACCGAAAGAACCAGUACGAGAUGAUCCAUGCAAUCCAUCUCCAUGUGGACCAAAUGCUCAAUGUAACGAUGGAGUAUGCUCAUGUUUGCCUGAGUAUCAAGGCGAUCCAUAUCAAGGAUGCCGGCCAGAAUGCGUACUUAAUUCUGAUUGUUCACGAGAAAAGGCAUGCAUAAGAAGUAAAUGUGUCGAUCCCUGUCCAGGAACAUGUGGACAAGAUGCUAUAUGCGAUGUCAUCAAUCAUAUUCCAAUGUGCAGUUGUCCAAAUGGAAUGGCUGGUAAUGCAUUCAUACAGUGCCGACCACAACAAUCGCCACAAGUGGCGAAUCCAUGCAACCCAACUCCGUGUGGUCCCAACAGCCAGUGCCGUGAAAUAAAUGGUCAAGCGGUGUGCUCUUGUGUACCAGGAUUUAUUGGAAGUCCACCAACUUGCAGACCUGAAUGUGUCGUCAGUUCAGAUUGCUCCCAAAAUCAAGCUUGCAGUAAUCAGAAAUGUCGUGAUCCUUGUCCUGGCACAUGUGGAAUCGGAGCUAAUUGCGUUGUCGUCAACCACAAUCCAAUUUGCAGCUGUCCUAAUCGUUACAGUGGUGAUCCGUUUAGUCGUUGUCAACCGAUCAUUGAACCUCCAGUUCAAAUGACUGUGGGUAAUCCUUGUCAACCCUCACCUUGCGGGCCUAACGCAGAAUGUCGGUCGGUUGGAAACUCUCCGUCUUGCACUUGUAUUGACGGAAUGGUGGGUUCUGCCCCCAAUUGCCGACCGGAAUGUAUCAGUAACUCCGAAUGCGACAGCAAUCGUGCAUGUAUUAGACAAAAAUGUCAAGAUCCAUGUAUUGGGGCUUGUGGUUCUAACUCAGAAUGUAGGGUUGUAAGUCAUACUCCAAUGUGCAUUUGCUCUAUUGGAUACACCGGUGAUCCCUUCAGUCAAUGUGUGCCGACUCAACAGGAUGUACCAAGAGAACCAACUUCUCCUUGUACACCUAGUCCUUGUGGGGCAAAUGCCGUCUGCAGAGAACAAAACAAUGCCGGAUCUUGCACUUGUGUAGAAGAUCAUAUCGGAAAUCCAUACGAAGGUUGUAGGCCGGAAUGUGUCCUAAAUUCUGACUGUUCCUCAAACCAAGCCUGUGUCAGAAGCAAGUGUCAAGAUCCAUGCCCUGGAACGUGUGCACAAAAUGCGGAAUGCCAAGUUGUGAAUCAUUUACCAUCAUGUACUUGCCUUCAAGGAUACAAAGGCGAUCCAUUCCGUUUCUGCAGCAUACAACAAGAACAACCUCUUCAAGAAUACGUGAACCCUUGUCAACCAAGUCCAUGCGGUCCCAACAGUCAAUGCCGAGAAAUUAACGGCCAAGCCGUUUGUUCAUGCCUUCCCAAAUACGUUGGAACACCUCCAGGCUGUCGACCGGAAUGUAUCUCCAGUUCUGAAUGUUCCUUGGACCGAGCCUGUGUCAAUCAAAAGUGUACUGACCCAUGUCCAGGAACUUGUGGUACUAACGCACGAUGUAACGUUAAUAAUCAUAGCCCAAUUUGUUCUUGUUUAUCUGGAUAUACGGGAGAUCCCUUCACACGAUGUUACCCUAAUCCACCUCCUCCACAAGACACACAAAUCAUUGUGCGAGAUCCAUGCGUACCAUCUCCCUGUGGUCCAAAUGCCCAAUGUAGAAACGCAAACGAAAUUCCAUCAUGUUCUUGUCUUCCCAAUUACAUUGGAUCACCACCAAAUUGUAGACCAGAGUGCACCAUCAACGCGGAGUGUUCAAGCGCACAAGCUUGUAUGAAUGAGAAGUGUAGAGAUCCCUGCCCUGGAUCAUGUGGAAUCAGUGCGAGGUGUAAUGUAAUCAAUCACACACCUAUUUGUACCUGUGAGAGUGGUUUUACGGGCGAUCCAUUCACAAGCUGUUACCCUGAGCCACCUCCACCGAAAGAACCAGUACGAGAUGAUCCAUGCAAUCCAUCUCCAUGUGGACCAAAUGCUCAAUGUAACGAUGGAGUAUGCUCAUGUUUGCCUGAGUAUCAAGGCGAUCCAUAUCAAGGAUGCCGGCCAGAAUGCGUACUUAAUUCUGAUUGUUCACGAGAAAAGGCAUGCAUAAGAAGUAAAUGUGUCGAUCCCUGUCCAGGAACAUGUGGACAAGAUGCUAUAUGCGAUGUCAUCAAUCAUAUUCCAAUGUGCAGUUGUCCAAAUGGAAUGGCUGGUAAUGCAUUCAUACAGUGCCGACCACAACAAUCGCCACAAGUGGCGAAUCCAUGCAACCCAACUCCGUGUGGUCCCAACAGCCAGUGCCGUGAAAUAAAUGGUCAAGCGGUGUGCUCUUGUGUACCAGGAUUUAUUGGAAGUCCACCAACUUGCAGACCUGAAUGUGUCGUCAGUUCAGAUUGCUCCCAAAAUCAAGCUUGCAGUAAUCAGAAAUGUCGUGAUCCUUGUCCUGGCACAUGUGGAAUCGGAGCUAAUUGCGUUGUCGUCAACCACAAUCCAAUUUGCAGCUGUCCUAAUCGUUACAGUGGUGAUCCGUUUAUUCGUUGUCAACCGAUCAUUGAACCUCCAGUUCAAAUGACUGUGGGUAAUCCUUGUCAACCCUCACCUUGCGGGCCUAACGCAGAAUGUCGGUCGGUUGGAAACUCUCCGUCUUGCACUUGUAUUGACGGAAUGGUGGGUUCUGCCCCCAAUUGCCGACCGGAAUGUAUCAGUAACUCCGAAUGCGACAGCAAUCGUGCAUGUAUUAGACAAAAAUGUCAAGAUCCAUGUAUUGGGGCUUGUGGUUCUAACUCAGAAUGUAGGGUUGUAAGUCAUACUCCAAUGUGCAUUUGCUCUAUUGGAUACACCGGUGAUCCCUUCAGUCAAUGUGUGCCGACUCAACAGGAUGUACCAAGAGAACCAACUUCUCCUUGUACACCUAGUCCUUGUGGGGCAAAUGCCGUCUGCAGAGAACAAAACAAUGCCGGAUCUUGCACUUGUGUAGAAGAUCAUAUCGGAAAUCCAUACGAAGGUUGUAGGCCGGAAUGUGUCCUAAAUUCUGACUGUUCCUCAAACCAAGCCUGUGUCAGAAGCAAGUGUCAAGAUCCAUGCCCUGGAACGUGUGCACAAAAUGCGGAAUGCCAAGUUGUGAAUCAUUUACCAUCAUGUACUUGCCUUCAAGGAUACAAAGGCGAUCCAUUCCGUUUCUGCAGCAUACAACAAGAACAACCUCUUCAAGAAUACGUGAACCCUUGUCAACCAAGUCCAUGCGGUCCCAACAGUCAAUGCCGAGAAAUUAACGGCCAAGCCGUUUGUUCAUGCCUUCCCAAAUACGUUGGAACACCUCCAGCCUGUCGACCGGAAUGUAUCUCCAGUUCUGAAUGUUCCUUGGACCGAGCCUGUGUCAAUCAAAAGUGUACUGACCCAUGUCCAGGAACUUGUGGUACUAACGCACGAUGUAACGUUAAUAAUCAUAGCCCAAUUUGUUCUUGUUUAUCUGGAUAUACGGGAGAUCCCUUCACACGAUGUUACCCUAAUCCACCUCCUCCACAAGACACACAAAUCAUUGUGCGAGAUCCAUGCGUACCAUCUCCCUGUGGUCCAAAUGCCCAAUGUAGAAACGCAAACGAAAUUCCAUCAUGUUCUUGUCUUCCCAAUUACAUUGGAUCACCACCAAAUUGUAGACCAGAGUGCACCAUCAACGCGGAGUGUUCAAGCGCACAAGCUUGUAUGAAUGAGAAGUGUAGAGAUCCCUGCCCUGGAUCAUGUGGAAUCAGUGCGAGGUGUAAUGUAAUCAAUCACACACCGAUUUGUACCUGUGAGAGUGGCUUUACGGGCGAUCCAUUCACAAGCUGUUACCCUGAGCCACCUCCACCUAAAGAACCAGUACGAGAUGAUCCAUGCAAUCCAUCUCCGUGUGGACCAAAUGCUCAAUGUAACGAUGGAAUAUGCUCCUGCUUGCCUCAGUAUCAAGGCGAUCCAUACCAAGGAUGCCGGCCAGAAUGCGUACUUAAUUCUGAUUGUUCACGAGAAAAGGCAUGCAUAAGAAGUAAAUGUGUCGAUCCCUGUCCAGGAACAUGUGGACAAGAUGCUAUAUGCGAUGUCAUCAAUCAUAUUCCAAUGUGCAGUUGUCCAAAUGGAAUGGCUGGUAAUGCAUUCAUACAGUGCCGACCACAACAAUCGCCACAAGUGGCGAAUCCAUGCAACCCAACUCCGUGUGGUCCCAACAGCCAGUGCCGUGAAAUAAAUGGUCAAGCGGUGUGCUCUUGUGUACCAGGAUUUAUUGGAAGUCCACCAACUUGCAGACCUGAAUGUGUCGUCAGUUCAGAUUGCUCCCAAAAUCAAGCUUGCAGUAAUCAGAAAUGUCGUGAUCCUUGUCCUGGCACAUGUGGAAUCGGAGCUAAUUGCGUUGUCGUCAACCACAAUCCAAUUUGCAGCUGUCCUAAUCGUUACAGUGGUGAUCCGUUUAUUCGUUGUCAACCGAUCAUUGAACCUCCAGUUCAAAUGACUGUGGGUAAUCCUUGUCAACCCUCACCUUGCGGGCCUAACGCAGAAUGUCGGUCGGUUGGAAACUCUCCGUCUUGCACUUGUAUUGACGGAAUGGUGGGUUCUGCUCCCAAUUGCCGACCGGAAUGUAUCAGUAACUCCGAAUGCGACAGCAAUCGUGCAUGUAUUAGACAAAAAUGUCAAGAUCCAUGUAUUGGGGCUUGUGGUUCUAACUCAGAAUGUAGGGUUGUAAGUCAUACUCCAAUGUGCAUUUGCUCUAUUGGAUACACCGGUGAUCCCUUCAGUCAAUGUGUGCCGACUCAACAGGAUGUACCAAGAGAACCAACUUCUCCUUGUACACCUAGUCCUUGUGGUGCAAAUGCCGUCUGCAGAGAACAAAACAAUGCCGGAUCUUGCACUUGUGUAGAAGAUCAUAUCGGUAAUCCAUACGAAGGUUGUAGGCCGGAAUGUGUCCUAAAUUCUGACUGUUCCUCAAACCAAGCCUGUGUCAGAAGCAAGUGUCAAGAUCCAUGCCCUGGAACGUGUGCACAAAAUGCGGAAUGCCAAGUUGUGAAUCAUUUACCAUCAUGUACUUGCCUUCAAGGAUACAAAGGCGAUCCAUUCCGUUUCUGCAGCAUACAACAAGAACAACCUCUUCAAGAAUACGUGAACCCUUGUCAACCAAGUCCAUGCGGUCCCAACAGUCAAUGCCGAGAAAUUAAUGGUCAAGCCGUUUGUUCAUGCCUUCCCAAAUACGUUGGAACACCUCCAGGCUGUCGACCGGAAUGUAUCUCCAGUUCUGAAUGUUCCUUGGACCGAGCCUGUGUCAAUCAAAAGUGUACUGACCCAUGUCCAGGAACUUGUGGUACUAACGCACGAUGUAACGUUAAUAAUCAUAGCCCAAUUUGUUCUUGUUUAUCUGGAUAUACGGGAGAUCCCUUCACACGAUGUUACCCUAAUCCACCUCCUCCACAAGACACACAAAUCAUUGUGCGAGAUCCAUGCGUACCAUCUCCCUGUGGUCCAAAUGCCCAAUGUAGAAACGCAAACGAAAUUCCAUCAUGUUCUUGUCUUCCCAAUUACAUUGGAUCACCACCAAAUUGUAGACCAGAGUGCACCAUCAACGCGGAGUGUUCAAGCGCACAAGCUUGUAUGAAUGAGAAGUGUAGAGAUCCCUGCCCUGGAUCAUGUGGAAUCAGUGCGAGGUGUAAUGUAAUCAAUCACACACCGAUUUGUACCUGUGAGAGUGGCUUUACGGGCGAUCCAUUCACAAGCUGUUACCCUGAGCCACCUCCACCUAAAGAACCAGUACGAGAUGAUCCAUGCAAUCCAUCUCCAUGUGGACCAAAUGCUCAAUGUAACGAUGGAGUAUGCUCAUGUUUGCCUGAGUAUCAAGGCGAUCCAUAUCAAGGAUGCCGGCCAGAAUGCGUACUUAAUUCUGAUUGUUUACGAGAAAAGGCAUGCAUAAGAAGUAAAUGUGUCGAUCCCUGUCCAGGAACAUGUGGACAAGAUGCUAUAUGCGAUGUCAUCAAUCAUAUUCCAAUGUGCAGUUGUCCAAAUGGAAUGGCUGGUAAUGCAUUCAUACAGUGCCGACCACAACAAUCGCCACAAGUGGCGAAUCCAUGCAACCCAACUCCGUGUGGUCCCAACAGCCAGUGCCGUGAAAUAAAUGGUCAAGCGGUGUGCUCUUGUGUACCAGGAUUUAUUGGAAGUCCACCAACUUGCAGACCUGAAUGUGUCGUCAGUUCAGAUUGCUCCCAAAAUCAAGCUUGCAGUAAUCAGAAAUGUCGUGAUCCUUGUCCUGGCACAUGUGGAAUCGGAGCUAAUUGCGUUGUCGUCAACCACAAUCCAAUUUGCAGCUGUCCUAAUCGUUACAGUGGUGAUCCGUUUAUUCGUUGUCAACCGAUCAUUGAACCUCCAGUUCAAAUGACUGUGGGUAAUCCUUGUCAACCUUCACCUUGCGGGCCUAACGCAGAAUGUCGGUCGGUUGGAAACUCUCCGUCUUGCACUUGUAUUGACGGAAUGGUGGGUUCACCCCCCAAUUGCCGACCAGAAUGUAUCAGUAACUCCGAAUGCGACAGCAAUCGUGCAUGUAUUAGACAAAAAUGUCAAGAUCCAUGUAUUGGAGCUUGUGGUUCUAACUCAGAAUGUAGGGUUGUAAGUCAUACUCCAAUGUGCAUUUGCUCUAUUGGAUACACCGGUGAUCCCUUCAGUCAAUGUGUACCGACUCAACAGGAUGUACCAAGAGAACCAACUUCUCCUUGUACACCUAGUCCUUGUGGUGCAAAUGCCGUCUGCAGAGAACAAAACAAUGUCGGAUCUUGCACUUGUGUGGAAGAUCAUAUCGGAAAUCCAUACGAAGGUUGUAGGCCAGAAUGUGUCCUAAACUCUGACUGUCCCCCGAACCAAGCCUGUGUCAGGAGCAAAUGUCAAGAUCCAUGUCCUGGGACGUGUGCACAAAAUGCGGAAUGCCAAGUUGUGAAUCAUUUACCAUCCUGUACUUGUCAUCAAGGAUACGAAGGCGACCCAUUCCGUUUUUGCAACAUCCAACAAAAAGAACCGGUUCAAAUAUAUGUCAAUCCAUGUCAACCUAGCCCAUGCGGUCCCAACAGUCAGUGUCGAGAAAUUAAUGGACAAGCAGUUUGCUCAUGCCUCCCUACUUAUAUUGGAUCACCUCCGGGAUGUCGGCCAGAGUGUGUCACUAGUUCGGAAUGUUCCCUAGAUAAGGCAUGUAACAAUCAGAAAUGCGUUGAUCCUUGCCCUGGAACGUGCGGGAGAAACACACGUUGCAGUGUAAAUAACCACAGUCCCAUAUGUUCUUGCCAAGCAGGAUUUACUGGCGAUCCGUUUACAAGAUGCUAUCUAAAUCAACCACCGCAGCAAAAUGCUCCAACUGUCGUUACGGAUCCAUGUGUUCCAUCCCCAUGUGGACUUUACUCUCAAUGUAGAAAUCUCAACGGCGGUCCAUCUUGUUCUUGCCUAGUGAACUACUUGGGAUCACCACCGAAUUGUAAGCCAGAGUGCACAAUCAAUGCGGAUUGUCCAAGUAACAAAGCAUGCAUAAAAGAAAAAUGUAGAGAUCCAUGUCCAGGAUCUUGCGGCGUUGGUGCAAUGUGCAAUGUAAUUAAUCAUACACCAGUUUGCAGCUGUGAGAGCGGAUAUACUGGAGAUCCAUUUACGAAUUGUUAUUUGGAGCCAACACCGACAAAAAAACCAGUUAGAGAUGAUCCUUGCAGUCCAUCGCCUUGUGGACCAAACACUCAAUGUAACAACGGAGAAUGCACAUGCCUUUCCGAGUAUCAAGGUGAUCCUUACCAGGGUUGUCGUCCGGAAUGUGUGUUAAACUCUGAUUGUUCUCGAGAAAAAGCCUGUCUUAGAAGCAAAUGUGUUGAUCCCUGUCCAGGAACAUGCGGAGAAGAUGCAAUAUGCGAUGUUUUCAACCAUAUUCCGACGUGCAGUUGUCCAAACGGAAUGUCAGGCAAUGCAUUUGUAAAGUGUAGACCUCAACAAACUCCACCGGUUAAAAAUGCAUGCGAACCCUCUCCUUGUGGACCCAAUAGUCAAUGUCGUGAAAUCAAUGGACAAUCUGUGUGUUCCUGUGUACCAGGUUUUAUUGGAAGUCCACCUACGUGUAGACCGGAAUGUGUAGUUUCGUCGGAAUGCGCAAAAAAUCAAGCGUGCAGUAAUCAAAAGUGUAAAGAUCCCUGUCCAGGAACUUGUGGUAUAGGCGCUCGCUGUUCUGUCGUCAACCAUAAUCCAAUUUGUAGCUGUCCAGAAAGAUUUUCUGGGGAUCCGUUUGUUCGUUGUCAAGUUAUAGUUGAAUCUCCUAUUCAAAUGACAUCUUCUAAUCCGUGUCAACCUUCACCAUGUGGGUCUAAUGCAGAAUGCAGACCAAUUGGUGAAUCUCCAUCGUGCACAUGUUUGGAAAACAUGAUUGGAAAUCCACCAAACUGCAGACCAGAAUGUGUAAGCAAUUCGGAGUGUAACCGUAACAUGGCAUGUAUCAAACAGAAAUGCCAGGAUCCGUGCACCGGAGCUUGCGGAUCAAAUGCCGAAUGCAGAGUUGUCAGUCAUACUCCAAUAUGUAUUUGCUCUGUGGGUUUUACAGGGGAUCCAUUCACACAAUGUGUUCUAGUGCAACAGGACAUUCCAAGAGAACCUUCAUCUCCAUGUAUACCAAGUCCAUGUGGAGCUAACGCAAUAUGCAGGGAGCAGAAUAACGUGGGAUCUUGUACUUGCAUUGAAGAUCACUCCGGAAAUCCAUAUGAAGGAUGCCGACCAGAAUGUGUGCUUGACUCAGAUUGUUCAUCUAACCUUGCAUGUAUCAGAUACAAAUGUAAAGAUCCAUGUCCAGGUACUUGUGGACAGAACGCGCUAUGCCAAGUUGUUAAACAUCGACCAUCAUGCACUUGUUUUGAUGGCUAUGAAGGAGACCCUUUCAAGUAUUGCAGCAUUCGACUAAGAGAACCUCAAAUUUACAGUAAUCCAUGUCAGCCAAACCCUUGUGGGCCAAAUAGUCAGUGCAGAGAAAUUAACGGACAGGCGGUUUGCUCUUGCUCAAGUGGCUAUAGCGGUGCUCCUCCGGAUUGUCGUCCGGAAUGUGUUACGAGCUCAGAAUGCACCCUCGACAAGGCUUGUGUCAAUCUAAAGUGUACUGACCCAUGCCCAGGCACGUGUGGUAUCAACGCUCAAUGCAACGUGAAUAACCACAGUCCAAUAUGUUUCUGCAAAUCAGGAUUCUCAGGAGACCCAUUUAGCAAAUGCUAUCCUAAUCCCCCUCCUCCAGUCGACACUCCGCUCACUGUUAGGGAUCCUUGUAUGCCUUCUCCAUGCGGACAGAAUUCACAAUGCAGGAAUAACAAUGGUGUUCCAUCUUGUUCCUGUUUGGCGAAUUAUAUUGGAUCCCCCCCAAGCUGCAGGCCCGAAUGUACGAUCAAUGCCGAAUGUAUCAGCAAUCAAGCAUGUAUGAGAGAAAAAUGUCGAGACCCUUGUCCAGGAUCAUGUGGAAUUGGAGCUAGGUGCAACGUCAUAAAUCAUACACCAGUAUGCAGCUGUGAUGUCGGAUUCACAGGGGAUCCUUUCACUAGCUGCCACCCAAUACCUGCUCCGCCUCUGAGAGAGCCAGUUCGGGAUGAUCCAUGCAAUCCGUCACCUUGUGGAUCUAAUGCUCAAUGUAAUCAAGGUACAUGUUUGUGCUUGCCAGAAUACCAAGGGGAUCCAUACCAAGGAUGCAGGCCGGAAUGUAUCCUAAACUCAGAUUGUCUGAGAGAUAGAUCAUGUAUACGAGGAAAAUGCACUGAUCCUUGCCCUGGAACGUGUGGAGAACAUGCAAUCUGUGAAGUAUUGAAUCACAUUCCAGUGUGCAGUUGUCCAAGUGGCAUGAAGGGAAAUGCAUUCGUUAUGUGUACACCUCAGCCAGCCAUACCAGCGUCGAAUCCGUGCGAUCCAGCACCAUGUGGACCAAAUAGUCAGUGUCGUGAAAUUAUUAGUCAGGCCGUGUGCUCGUGUGUAACUGGAUACUUAGGAAGACCACCAGCAUGCAGACCCGAAUGUGUUGUUAACUCAGAUUGUCCUCAAAACCAGGCGUGUAACAACCAGAAAUGUAGAGAUCCCUGCCCAGGCACUUGCGGAGUUGAUGCCCGAUGCUCCGUCGUCAACCAUAAUCCAAUUUGUAGCUGCCCGGAACGUUUCACUGGUGACCCUUUCUUACGGUGUCAACCAAUCAUUGAACAGCAGGUUCAGAUGACCCCGACAAACCCGUGUCACCCGAAUCCCUGUGGACCUAAUUCAGAAUGCCGCCCAGUUGGUAGUUCUCCAUCUUGUACAUGCUUAGAUGAUAUGAUCGGAGCACCACCGAACUGUCGUCCAGAAUGCAUUAGUAAUUCGGAAUGUUCUAAUAAUCUAGCCUGUAUUCGACAAAAAUGCCAAAACCCUUGUGCCGGAGCGUGUGGCACAAAUUCCGAAUGUAGGGUUGUCAGUCAUACUCCCAUUUGUAUUUGUUCUAUCGGGUAUACCGGAGAUCCCUUUACUCAAUGUGUACCGGUUCAACAAGAUAUCCCCAGGGAACAAACUUCGCCAUGCACACCAAGUCCUUGUGGGGCAAAUGCAGAAUGUAGAGAACAAAACGGUGCUGGUUCCUGCACAUGUGUAGAAGAUUACUUUGGAAAUCCAUAUGAAGGCUGCCGGCCGGAAUGCAUUCUUAACUCCGAUUGUCCCUCAAAUAGAGCUUGUAUAAAUAACAAGUGUAAAGAUCCUUGUCCAGGAACGUGCGGUCAAAAUGCUGAAUGCCAGGUUAUCAAUCAUUUGCCAUCUUGCUAUUGCGUAGGCGGAUAUGAAGGAGAUCCUUUCAGAUAUUGUGAUAUUCAACAGAAAAAACCAAUAAACGAAUACUCAAGCCCGUGCCAGCCCAGUCCUUGCGGUGCGAAUAGUCGGUGUCGUGAAAUCAACGGUCAAGCUGUCUGUUCAUGCCUAAUCACAUACUUAGGUUCACCUCCAGAAUGUCGCCCUGAAUGCACCACCAACUCCGAAUGUGCGUUAGAUAGAUCUUGUGUUAACCAGAAAUGUAUCGAUCCAUGUCCUGGAACAUGUGGAAGCAAUACCAGGUGUAAUGUAAUCAAUCAUAGUCCAAUUUGCUCCUGUCAAUCUGAAUACACUGGUGAUCCAUUUGCCAGAUGCUAUCCCAACUUACGUAAGAAAAUUGUCAAUUUUUGUUUCCAUCUAAGAAUGAUUAUAUUUAUUCCAACAGCACCGCCUAAACCGACCGAAAUCGUUUUUCGAGAUCCCUGUGCUCCAUCUCCUUGUGGACCUAACGCAAUGUGCAGAAACAAUAACGGAGUUCCUUCGUGUUCCUGCCUCCCGAACUAUAUUGGAACAGCUCCAAAUUGUAGACCUGAAUGUACAAUUAGUUCAGAAUGUGCAAGCAGUCAAGCGUGCAUUGUUGAGAAAUGUAGAGAUCCUUGUCCAGGAUCAUGUGGUAUCGGAGCACGAUGUAAUGUUAUCAAUCACACUCCAAUAUGUACAUGUCUAGACGGAUAUACUGGAGAUCCGUUCUCCAAUUGCUAUCCAGAACCUCCACCACCUAGAACACCCAUACAAGAUGAUCCAUGCAAUCCUUCCCCAUGUGGUUCUAACGCAGUAUGCUCCCAUGGAAUAUGCACUUGUGUAUUGGAGUAUCAGGGGGAUCCAUACCGAGGCUGUCGUCCGGAAUGUGUACUCAAUAGUGAAUGCAGUCGAGAGAAAGCAUGUAUUCGCAACAAAUGUCUAGAUCCUUGUCCCGGUACAUGUGGUACAAAUGCUUUAUGUGAAGUGAUAAAUCAUAUACCAACCUGUAGUUGUCCAAGAGGUAUGACCGGAAACGCAUUUAUACAGUGUAGUCCACAACAGGCCCCAAUUGAAACUGAUCCUUGUAACCCAUCACCAUGUGGCCCGAAUAGCCAAUGUCGAUCCAUCAACGGACAGGCUGUCUGUUCUUGUAUUCUUGGGUACUUCGGAACACCACCCUCUUGUAGACCAGAAUGUUCUAUUAAUUCCGACUGUGUUCAAACUAAGGCGUGUGUUAAUUUUAAAUGUAUGGAUCCAUGCCCUGGAACCUGCGGCUUAGGAGCAAAGUGUACUGUAGUCAAUCAUAAUCCGAUUUGUAGUUGUGGGUAUAAAAUGACUGGCGAUCCGUUCGUAAGGUGUAAUGAAUUAGGUAGUACUUAUUUGAGAUAUAAAACAAAUGAAAUGCUUCUAACACGUUUUUCCACCACAGUUGAAAAUCCCAUCGUUCAUGAUCCAUGCAUUCCUUCCCCUUGCGGUCAGAAUGCUGUUUGUGUAAAUCAAAAUGGUAACCCAUCUUGUUCAUGCCAGCCCAAUACGAUUGGCAGUCCCCCAUUGUGCCGACCAGAGUGUGUCAGUAAUUCCGACUGUUCAAAUACUCUUGCUUGUAUAAAUCAGCGUUGUCAAAACCCCUGCUCAAACGCGUGCGGAAUAAAUGCAGAAUGCAUUGUGUCAUUGCAUAUUGCGAACUGUAUUUGUCCAAAUGGAUAUACCGGCAAUCCUUUCGUCAAUUGUUUUGUUGAACCCUCAAAACCUCCACCAGAAGCAAAACCGAAAGAUCCUUGCUAUCCAUCACCAUGUGGUACAAAUGCAAAGUGUAAACCAAUAGAUGGUGGAUCAGUGUGCGAGUGUUUCGAAAACUAUUUCGGAAACCCAUAUACUGCCUGUCGACCAGAAUGUGUUACUAACACUGAAUGCUCCCGAAAUACCGCAUGUAUUCAGAACCGAUGCAAAGAUCCAUGCCCAGGUGUUUGCGGACAAAACGCGGAAUGUAAUGUUAUUAAUCACACACCAACCUGCACCUGCCCCGAUGGAAUGGUUGGUAAUGCAUUUGAACAAUGUUUACGAGAACCUCAGAGACCGCAUGAUCCUUGCUAUCCAUCACCAUGUGGCCAAAAUACAGUGUGCAGAUCGUCUGGAGGUAAUGCUGUUUGUGAAUGUCUGCCUGAUUUCCGAGGAACUCCAUUCGGUAAGGGUUGUUAUCCGGAGUGUAUUAUCAAUUCGGAUUGUCCGCGGGACAAGACCUGUGUCAACAAAAAAUGUGUCGAUCCAUGCCCAGGAGUAUGCGGCUAUAGAGCAGUCUGCCAUGCAAUUAACAACAAUCCGGUUUGCUCCUGCCCGAGUAAUAUGAUUGGAGAUCCAUUUGUUGAGUGUAAAGAAGCUCCUCCGAAAGAUCCAUGCAACCCUUCGCCAUGCCGAACCAAUGGAAUAUGUCGGGUAAUUGGAGGUCGAGCUGAGUGUAAUUAUCCUGAAUGUGUCACAAAUUCUGAUUGUUCUUCCAACCGGGCCUGUUUCAAUCAAAAAUGUCGAGAUCCAUGCGUUGGAGCAUGUGGAGUAAAUGCUAUAUGUAAUGUAGUAAAUCAUGCACCAAUAUGCUCGUGUCCGGAACGUCAUGUUGGUUCUCCAUUUGUCCAAUGCAACAGGCAAUUGGAUAUCGUACCACAACCAGAGUGCAUUAAUGAUGACCAGUGUACCAAUGAUAAAGCUUGCAUCAACCAACAGUGCAUCAAUCCAUGUAUGGCGAACAACGGUUUAUGCAACCUGAACGCAGAAUGCCGUGUACAGUUUCACAGGGCAAUUUGUACUUGUCGCGAAGGAUACACUGGCAAUGCUCAGUUCGCAUGCUACGAAAUUGGUUGCCGUGCUGAUUCAGACUGCCCUGCGACGGAAGCGUGCGUAAAUAAAAACUGUGUGGAUCCAUGCCAGUACACGCAAUGCGGGCGUAAUGCAGUUUGUAGAACUGAUUAUAGUCAUAAUGCAAGGUGUCACUGCUUUGAUGGAUACAGAGGAAAUGCUGUAACGGGAUGUACACGACCCGAAUGUACUAGAAAUGACGAAUGCCCGUAUCACCUGUCAUGUCAGAAUGAGCAAUGUAGGGAUCCCUGCAAUUGUGCACCUGGAGCGCAAUGUAGAGUUGACAACCACCGGGCACUAUGUAGAUGUCCUCCCGGGUAUACUGGGGACGCCAGUUUUUCAUGCGAAAAAAUACCUAUUCGUGACCCUGAUCAGUGUAAGAUGGAUGCGGAUUGUCCUAGCAAGUUGGCCUGUUUCAGCGGUUUGUGUAAAAAUCCUUGUUAUGAGGCUAAGCCAUGCGCGAAAUAUGCUACGUGUACGGUACAAGAUACGCUACCCCUUCGAACAAUGCUUUGUGUGUGUGAUGAAGGAUACGUAGGUGAUGCAGAAAAGCAAUGUUCGCCAGUAUCCCCAGUUUUACCAGGAUGUAGCUCAGAUAUCGAAUGUGGGGCAACAGAAGUGUGCAGAAAUCGAGUUUGCGUAAAUCCGUGUACAGAGUUCAAUCCUUGUGCUCGCACGGCUGAAUGUUUGACGCAAAGUCACAAAGCCAUCUGUUCUUGUCCAACCGGUAUGGUCGGGGAUCCAUUCCAGAACUGCUAUCGUGAACCGGUCAUCGCUCCUGAAUGUACGAUAGAUUCGGAAUGUGUGAGCAAUCGGGCAUGCAUCAAUCAGAAGUGUCAAGAUCCUUGUGCAGAAGGUAAUCCGUGCGCAGGGAAUGCCGAAUGUUACACUCAAUAUCACAGACCACUAUGUACAUGUCCGCAAGGUUGGGGUGGAAAUCCGAAAACUCACUGCUAUAAGCCCGAAUGUCGGAACGAUAAUGAUUGCCCAUUUGACAAAGCAUGUUUUAAUGAAAAAUGUCUUAAUCCAUGUACUUACGGAGCAACGCAGUGCGGUCGUGGAGCAGAAUGUCUAUCACAGGGGCAUCGCGCUAAUUGCAUUUGUCCUCCAGGGACACAAGGAAACCCACUUAUAUCAUGCGUUACUGGUCUUUGCCAGUAUAAUGAAGAUUGUGCUGACCACGAAGCGUGUGAUAGAUUGAACCGAAUUUGCCGGCCUGUUUGCGAUGACGAAGCAUGUGCUGCCACAGCUACCUGUAUUGGUAAAAACCAUCAAGCAACAUGUGAAUGUACUCCUGGGACAAGGGGGAAUCCUUAUGUUGGUUGUGCUCGAGAUGAACCUGAACCAGAAUGCCGAGUCGAUGGAGACUGCCCAUCUCAGCAGGCUUGCUUCAAUAGUCACUGUGCAAAUCCUUGCUCUGCCAUCAAUCCAUGCUCUCGUCAACAGUCCUGUACCGUUGAAGAUACUUUGCCUUUACGUACAAUGAUCUGUGCUUGUCCUUCAGAUAUGAUAGUAACCGCGGAUGGCCAGUGCACCCCGAUUAUAGUAGAAGGAUGCAAAUCAGACAACGAUUGCUCUGAUACUGACCGAUGCAUUCGAGGUCAGUGCACACUUGCUUGUCGUGCAGAACCAUGUGGUGUCAAUGCACAAUGUGUAUCUGGAGGACAUCGAGCACGUUGUUCAUGUGCACCGGAAUACAUUGGAAAUCCACAUAUCGAAUGUAUACCAGAAGCUAGGGUUCCUUAUCCAAAAGAAUGCACCGUCGACGAUGAUUGCUCACUUGAUAGAUUUUGUUCCAACGAACGAUGUGUUAAUCCCUGUACGCAAGAAGUAUGUGGACGAGGAUCCAUAUGUAACGCACAGCUUCACAAAGCUGUUUGUAACUGCCCAAUUCGGUAUACUAAAGAUGAAGCUGGUAACUGUGUGCCUCCGUCUGCUGAUCUCCCGAAAUGCCAAUCAAACUCGGAAUGCACGAAAAGCGAAACAUGCGUCAACGAAAUUUGUGCAAACCCAUGUAACUGCGGUCAAAACGCCGAUUGUUAUGUAAAAGAUCAUUACCCAGUGUGUAGCUGCAAACCAGGUUUCUCUGGUAAUGCUCAAUACGGCUGCAUGAAACUGGAAUGUCAGUCGGAUAGUGAGUGCGCCAAUGACAAACAGUGCUACAAUGGUGAAUGCUUGAAUCCUUGCGCUUUAGAUGACUCUUGUGCUCUGAAUGCCGAAUGCUACGGAGAUAAACAUCGUGCCGCUUGUCGUUGCCUACCUGGUUUGGAAGGUAAUCCAUUCGUGCAAUGUCGUCGAGUAGAAUGCCAUUUCGACGGAGAGUGUCCAAGUAAUCGUGCCUGUCUCCAUGAGCAAUGCGUUGAUCCGUGCACUGAAAUGGCUCCUUGUGCACAAAAUGCAAUCUGCUUUACCCGUAGCCAUGCACCACAUUGCAAAUGCCCUGAACAUCUUCCUGACGGAAAUCCAUUCUCUUUCUGCGAGCUGCGACUACCUCUACCAGAAUGCACCAUGGAUGUUAACUGCCCAAGUCGGCAAGCUUGCAUCAACAACAAAUGUAUAAAUCCGUGUUCAGAAUUAACACCAUGUGCAAAAACAGCUAAAUGCACAGUUUUAGAUUCACUUCCAGUUCGAACGAUGGUUUGCGAAUGCCCUGAAUUGCACGUUACAGAUGUGAACGGUGAAUGUAGACGCGUAAUUGUGCCACCUCCAGCUGAAUGUACCAGCGAUUCCGAAUGUUCAGAAAAGGAAGCGUGCAUAAAUCGACAAUGCAGAAAUCCAUGCAACUGCGGUAAUAAUGCUAUGUGUACGGUGAAAAAUCAUCGUGGAGUAUGUUCUUGUGAGGAUGGAUACGAGGGUAAUCCAAAUAUUGGCUGCAAAACCAUUGGAUGCCGAGUGGACUCGGAGUGUGACUUUAGUAAGGCAUGCAUUAAUGGACAUUGCGUUAAUCCAUGCUUGGACAACAAUCCGUGUGGAAUCAACGCUGAGUGUUUCGCUGUGUCAAACCGAGCAGAAUGCCGAUGCCUAAGUGGAUAUAGAGGUAAUCAUUUCGUGCAAUGUACCGUAGUUGAAUGUCGUAGCAAUAAUGAUUGUCCUAAUGACAAACAAUGCCGAAACUCACAAUGCGUCGAUCCCUGCAUCUAUGAUAGCACUUGUUCUCCCAGAGCAGAGUGUAAAGCACAAAAUCACUUAGCAGUGUGCAGAUGUCCUUCAGGUUUGGCCGGAAAUCCGUAUGUCGAUUGUCGACCGGAAGUUACUCCAGAGUGUAUUUUUGAUACUGAUUGUCCAUCUCGCUUAGCUUGCAUCGAAAACAAGUGUAUAGAGCCGUGUGGAGUACUACUACCUUGCAGUUUACCAGCCAGAUGCGAAGUCAUUCCUUCUGCCCCAGUUAGGACAAUGAUCUGUGUCUGUCCAGAUGGAUAUAUUAGCAGUGGAAGUGGCACGUGCAAACCAGUUAUUAAAUCUGGCUGCAUAUCAGACUCUGACUGUUCCAGUGAUACUGCAUGUAUCAACAGUAUAUGUAGGAAUCCCUGCAACUGCGGAUCCAAUGCUGAAUGUCGAAUAAAAGAUCACAAACCAGUCUGUUCGUGCAAGCAAAGCUAUGACGGUAAUCCAGAAAUUGAGUGCAUCAAAAUUGAGUGCAGAACCGAUGACGACUGCUCGAACCAACACUCAUGUAUCAACCGACAAUGUGUGCCAGUUUGUACAAUUGAUUCAUGUGGAAAACAAUCCGAAUGUUACGCUCAAAACCAUCGAGCCAUAUGUGAAUGCCUGCCGGGUUACGAAGGUGAUCCACGAGUAAGUUGUAAAUUGCUGGGAUGUCGUGCUGACACCGACUGCCCCCAUGACAAAGCAUGUAUCAACAAAAAAUGUGAAAAUCCUUGCGAGAAUCAAGCGAUAUGUUCUCAGAAUGAACUAUGUCAAGUGUACCAGCACCGACCAGCGUGUGCUUGUCCACCGCCAUUUGAAGCAGAUCCUAUCAGAGGAUGUGUGUUGCGGGACGAUCGCUGUCGUACUGAUGGUGAAUGUCCCUCACAAACUGCUUGCAUCCAAGGUGAAUGUGUCAAUCCAUGCAAUGUAACUGAACCAUGCGGUGUCAACUCAAUGUGUAAGGUGCUGGAUACUUUACCUGUCCGAACAAUGGUCUGCGAAUGUCUACCUGGUUACCAAGGAAAUGCUGCGAUACAAUGUGAUAAAAUGGAUCGUUGUCAAACGAACCGCGGAUUCAUCAGAAAUGCCAACGGUGAGUGCGUAUGUCCUCCAGGCUACGGACUGACGAUCUACGAUGAUUGCCAACUCUGCCCCGUGAAAGACGGAUUGAAGAUCGACGAGGCUGGCCGUUGCGUUUGCGCAUUAGAACAUGGAAUGGUGAUAGAUGAGCGUGGAAAAUGUAUUUGCCCAACAGAUUACGGUUAUAGGUUAACUGAUCAGGGCGAAUGUAUUCGUAUAGCCGUUCCGGAAUGUGUACAAAACAGCGACUGUCCAGAUCGGCAAUACUGUGAGCAACAAACCAAAACAUGUGAGGAUGCAUGCCAGACGAAAAUUUGCGGAAAGAAUGCCCUGUGUAAUGCAACUAGGCACCAAGCAGUGUGUCAAUGUAUUGCGGGAUACACUGGAAAUCCGGAAGAAUAUUGCAAUCAAACAGCAAGGGUUCCCACCGAAUUCCCACAACCAGAAAUGCAAGUGACCUGUCAAGCAGAUGGUGUACAAGUUGUGAUUGAUCUAAUGGAGUCGAACUUCAACGGGGUGUUGUACGUUAAGGGUCACAGUAAAGACGAAGAGUGCAGGCGUGUAGUCAAUCUUGCCGGUGAUUCAUCGCAACGUACACAAAUUUUCAAAGUACACUUCGGCAGCUGUGGAUUAAUUCAUAUCAAUGGUAUCGCCAGUUUUGUGCUUGUGAUCCAGAAACAUCCGAAAUUGGUGACGUACAAAGCACAAGCCUAUCACAUCAAGUGCGUCUAUCAAACUGGGGAACAGAAUGUGACACUUGGAUUCAACGUUCAAAUGCUAACGACAGCAGGCACGAUAGCCAAUACUGGUCCACCUCCAACAUGUGCUAUGCGGAUCGUUGCUUUUAACGGUGAAGAAAUCAAUUCAGCUGAAAUCGGUGAUAACUUACGUUUGCAGGUUGAAGUGCAGCCAGCAACCAUUUACGGUGGAUUUGCCCGCAGCUGCGUAGCCAAAACAAUGGAAGAUAGCGUGGAAAAUGAAUAUAUUGUAACAGAUGAAAAUGGUUGUGCUACGGAACCAAGUAUUUUCGGUGAUUGGGAGUACAAUUCCGAAAGCAACAGCCUGCUAGCUAGUUUCAAUGCGUUCAAGUUUCCAUCUAGUGACAACAUACGAUUCCAAUGUAACAUUCGUGUGUGCUUUGGACGUUGUCAGCCGGUUAACUGCCAUGGCUCAAACGCAUUCGGUAAACGUCGCAGACGUGCUAUUACCGAUAUGAAAGAGAUUGAACUAAUACUGAACCGAACUCGACGAGCUUCCAGUACAGCACUAGCUGCGGAUGAUUCGCUAGGCAUUGAGGGAACACUGCGAGAAGAGAUUACCGUCGAGUCGAAUGCGAUUUUGACCUUAGAAAGGAGGGAUGAACGAUCCUAUGAUAAUGAUAAUAUAACGCCUGCUGCUCAACGUGUCGAAGAUAUCUGCGUAUCAAUGAUCGGACUGAUAAUAGCACUGGUUAUAACAGCGUUACUUGCAUUGGUAGCCGUCGCUGUUGCAGUUUCCUGUUGGCUUAUGGCUUAUAGGAGACGUCCAACCAUCACUGGACCUUUACCACAUCCACCAGAAUUUCCUAAUCCUUUGUUUGCACAUCAAGAACCAUCCGAACCGUCACACAACUAUAUGACGUAAGAGUGUAAAACUCGCAGACAAAUGUCUCAUUGUAAAUGCCACGUGUACUAAAUGUGUAUAAUGCGUUUUUAAAUCGAAACUGCACUAGCGAUUCAAAGUUAACAACGAAAUUCGAACGAAAAUUAUAUUUAAAAAGAGUAGGAUUCUCGACAUAAGAAAAAAUGCACUGUAAAUAUACACAUCAUGCAUACCAUGCAUACCUAGGGGUAGUGACGUCCCUAGAGUAUAAACGGUGCUCUAACCUCAAUGCAGUGACUGCGCGUGUCACUGUCUCCAAAUCGCUUUGCAUAUUCUACCGAAUGUUAGUUCAUUUUCUAAGCUAGUUUGUUUUUAUUAAUACACUAAGGUUCAUGAAUCCGAACCAGCGAAAUUUGUAUUCAGCUCCACGCGAAUCCGCCAAAUUUUGUAACCUUCUGUAUAAAGCAAUCUAAGAUCGAGAGACCUGACGAACGAAAAGCAAUCUCAACCUCGUUAGUAAAUAGGAUAUUCAUAGCUUCAUUUGUCUCGUUUCUCGAUAACCCUAUUACAAGCGGAAAGGACUGAAUUUCAAACGAACCUAUGAUAUCGCGGUGAAAAUUUUUAGCCCAGCGUGUAUCGUGGAAACUGGCACAUUUUCAUGAAUUAAUACGAGCAUCUCCUCCGCGGGUCGUUACUAGUCUUUAUUUAUUAAUGUUAUUGUAUUUAGAUAGAAGAUGUUUACCACUUUCCUCAUUGAUAGUAUUUGCGGUCUUUUCUUUUACUUAAAAUGAGCCCGUUCGAUUACGCACCAGUAAGAACUUCCCGUACUAGCUCUGAAGCUAUCUUUACUUUCAAGUUUUACAACGAAACACUAUAAUGCCAUAUGUUGUUCAUCAAAACUCUCUCAAAGCACUUGACAACUAAUUUCAACUAAACACUAUGAAAAGUGCAACCCUUUUCCUCCAUGGACAAUGUUAUUGGUGUAACUCUACUACGUAUAGUUGUUCUAGUUGUAAUUUAUUUAACAAUAUAAAUGUUCGAAACAAAAUACGCGAACUCGAUCCCCGGAGGAUUUGUAUUAAUUAGAUUAUUUAACAAAACGAAGGAAAACAUAGUUAAAAAGUUACGUAACCUAUACGUAAGCGCAGUUAGUAGUCAUAUUGCUAUUCUAUCAUAUAAAGAUCAGAACUACACGAGAUUUACAUCCCAACAUGUCCAACGAAUUUUAAAAACUGCCAAUGCCACUCAUGAAAAACCCAAAAAUAUUAAACGUUAGGACAGUGGUUCCCAACCUUUUUGUCUUCGCGACCUCUUUUGCGAAGCACAAGCAUAUCUCUGCGACCCCUAAAUUAAUUUCAGGUUUUUUGUACCAUGAGGCUGAGUUUGUGAUAAACUAAUUUUCUAAUUUGCUUUUUGUCUUGAUUUUAAUUUACAUAAGUGUUCAAAAGUUGCUCUCACGGAUUUAUAUGGAUAUUAAUAUUAUUCGCUUGUCAAAUUUACCAAGGCAUUCGCGGCACCGUUAAAUGGGCUUCGCUGACCUCAGGCUGGGAACCACUGCGUUAGAAGUUUCAAAGCGAGAAGUUGAAAAAAGCAGCGAUUUUUCAAGUUUUUCGUUUUAAACUUUCGCGCGAAUCAUUUCGUAUUUGAAAACAAAAAGCAAAUAUUCCAAUAAUUUUGCUAUUAGUAAAUUUAUACUGCCCAUUCAGAAUACUACACAACAUUGUCUUCAUAUUCGAACCGCUUUAGCUAUUUGUACGAUGUAUAGGAAAUUAUUUUGAAAUAAUUUUAUGUCUCCAAGAGACCCAUAAGAAAAAUGGCAGGAACUACUCUUUUUGGCAAUUACUUUUUCGUUUCCUUUUAAAAAGGCCUCUCAAUACCCAGAUAUUUAUGGAUCUUUUAACUGAAAAUAAUGUCAACUAUUAAGACUGGAUUAACAAUAAUAGAGGAUAAAUGAAUCAAAGAUGAUGAGAAAGCAGGAGACGUUUUCCUGAGCAAUGAAUAAUGCACUCUUUAUAUCAAACAAGUUUAUCGUAUCUAACGAAAACGAUCAGUUCGAACUUUUCCCAGUGUAACGUGCAUACUUUCGUAUUACGAUGUACAGUUCAUGUGAAGCAGCUAAUAUCAUCUCUUAACGGAAGCGUUGAUGAAAUAAAAAAAUAACCAAUGAA